UGACGUAAGUCAUAAGGAGAAAAGAAUCCAUGUUUACCUGAGUCUAAAAGAAGGACCAAAAAAAUAUGUCACGACAGACCCCGCCCAAGGGUGAGAAUCCUAAACCGGCAGGUAGUCCGCGAACACCACGUGGAGGCCGGCUAAGAGACCGUGUAAACUUUUUUGAAAAUAUUUGGUCUCAGGGACGUAGUGCUAGCACAGAAGACCUUGUUGACCGUUCACCAUCACCGAUACCACGUAGAUCAUCAUCGCGAACUAGUGACAGCUCUUUUGAAGAGUCCUUUGAGCGAGUGGUUGAAGAGGGCGAAUUAAAUGGCGCCAAGGUGGUUAAAUUUGAAAAAAUAACCGUAAGAAAAAGUGUCAAGGAGAUUGUUUCGACGAGAUCGGGACUUUCUGAGGCCAGCAGGACACCUAGUGAAGAACAUGCACUGGAUUCGGCUUAUCAGAGCCAUGGAAUGCAGGGAAGCAAAUCAAGCUCUGUUAUGUCCUUUACUAAAUUUCCAUCUGAAGAAAAUUUGUCGAGAGACAGCCUUCAGACUGCCGAAACUGAUGAAAAAGUUUCUAGUGAGUGGUACACUGAGUAUCGGAAUCAAAGCUUCCAGAAUGUGUCAUCCAAAAUAGAAUAUGUAAGGAGUCGUAGUGAAUAUGAUGCUCAUAUUGUGGAAAUUAAAGAUGAACAAGAACGUGUACAGAAGAAGACCUUCGUUAAUUGGAUCAAUUCAUACCUAUCAAAGCGAGUCCCGCCUCUUCGCGUUGACGAUUUAAUUGAAGACUUGAAAGACGGUACUCGUUUACUUGCCUUACUGGAAGUUUUAUCUGGAGAAAAAUUGCCGGUAGAAAGAGGUAGAAAUUUAAAGAGACCCCAUUUUUUAAGUAAUGCCAAUACUGCUCUUCAAUUUUUACAAAGCAAAAAAAUCAAAUUAGUGAACAUUAACUCAUCAGAUUUAGUCGACGGACGACCUCCAGUUGUUUUAGGUCUGAUUUGGACAAUAAUUUUAUACUUCCAGAUUGAAGAGAACACAAGAGCACUAGAGUACCUUGGGCAAACCUGGGGAAGUCAGAGUAGUCUUGAGAGCUUGGGUACUCAAAGCUCGGCAGCUAGUGAGCGCAAACGGUUGAGCAGCGAAAAAUGGAAGCAAGGAGCAAGAAAAACUUUGUUACAAUGGGUUACAAAUGCUUUGCCAAAGGAAUCGGAAAUUCAAGUCCGUGAUUUCGGUGAAAGUUGGAGAGACGGUAAUGCUUUCUUGGCAGUGAUAGACGCAAUAAAACGGAAUCUUGUAAACAUAGCAGCUAUGAGAGCAGCGUCAAAUCGCGCGCGUCUAGAAACGGCCUUCGAAGUAGCGGAAGUUGAACUAGGAAUAGCUCGUCUGCUUGAUCCUGAAGACGUCGACGUUCCACAGCCUGAUGAAAAAUCAAUCAUGACAUACGUGGCACAAUUUUUGCACAAAUAUCCAGAGCCCAAGUCAGCUGCAGGCGACUCGUUUACGGCAGUUCAACAGGAAUAUGAUUCCUUGCUCGCGUGGUUGGUGAACCAAACUCGCGGGCUCGACCAAAUGGACCGAACGCACACUUUUUCGUCAAAUUACUCAGAUUACUCAGCAGCACGGGCCGAAGCAGAUGAAAAAUCUUUUACCUAUCGCAAGCUACAGAAUCUUGUGGAUACUUCGAGUAUGAUAACAAUAACGCAGGAUUCAUGGAGGGAAAUUCAAGAAUUAUGGUCAAGAAUGGAAUAUUUGUUGUUGAAAUGGCUGUGGCUGCUGGAUUCAUCAUUACCAGGGGAAAUUGGUGAAGCUGGACGUUGGUUAGCUUUAGCCGAAUCACUUCUUAACUCAGACAAUGAUAUUCCUGAAGAAAUGAACGAACAGACUGCUGGAAUUAUUUCAAACAAAUUAGAAGAUCAUAAAAAGUUUUUCCUCGAUUUGCCUGAUCAACUUGAUAAAUUUAAUCGCCUCAAAAUGUCCAGUCUUGCAAGACAAGUACCUCAAGUGCAAUUAGACAACAUGACAGCGCGUUUUGAUUCUUUAGGCGACCGGGCGGCCAAACGGCGGAUAAAAUUGAAGUUUUUGGAACACAAGUGCUGUUUAGUUGCCUUUAUUUAUCUGGUGGAGACAAAACUUAAAACCUGGGGCGUUAAGUAUGGAAGCGAAGAGGAAGUACAAUCAAUGCUUGAACAAUAUCGUAACUUUGUAUCGCGUAAUAGAAUAUUCCAAGAAUUUCAAAAAGCUUAUCUGGAUAUGCAACAGGUGGCUGAUGAAUACAAACGUGAGGGAGGUAUUGAUCGUGAUGAAAGUUUGAACAUCGAUAAAUUCAUGCGGGAAACAAAUGACAAAUGGAAAAAUGUAUCAAUGGAUUUGCGCUGUGUCCAGAGUAUGCUAGAAGAAGUGAUGGCUUACUGGCGCCGAUGGAACACGAUUGCUGAUGAAUUUUCUAGCUGGUUGAUUCAGGCAGAAGCUGCGGUGAACUUUCCCGAUGAAGAAAAAAUGGAAUUUUUUCAAAAUAUCAGCGUUUGGAAAGACAAACAUCAACAAUUAUCGGACACUGUUAGUUUUCUAAUAGCGACGACGACUGAGGUUGUGGCUCUGCAUUUACGUGACCGUUAUACCGAAUUGACAAAUCGCUGGGAGCGGACUUUCGCGGAAGCUAAACAGUACAUGCAUGCUGGUGAUUUAGUGAGAAAUCGUAAGGAUUAUCGUACGGGUGUUGAUACUUUACAAAAAUGGUUGAGAAAUGCUGAGAGCGUAUUGUCAACGUCACAGUUGACGUCAACUGAAAAGAUAAAAGCUUAUGGUGAACAGCUACAAGUAUUAAACAGCGAAUUUGAAAGCAUUGAAGAAUUGUUUAAGAGCAUAAGCAAGAAGUUUCAAACGUUGUUGCAAGAUUUGCCGCGAGAUGAAGUUGACAAGAUGAUGAAUACGUUGAAAAAAGAAAAAGAAGCUUUGGUUAAAGUACGAGCACUUAUACCGAUGCAAUUGCAUUUGUAUCAUCAGUUGUUGGUGCAGCAGGAGUCUUUGGAAGCGGGCCAACGGGAAAUAAGCGGAUGGUUGGAUGAAGCGGAGGCUCUACUGUCAAGUUUGAAUUUUUCCGGAGGCAGAGAUGCAGUUCUAGGUCAAUUGGAACGUCAUAAGGCAUUUUUCUCACGUACUUUGUAUUACAAAUCGAUGCUUGAGUCUAAGAAUAAGGUCUUUUCGAGUAUUGUAAAGUCGGUUGACGCCCACGCCAAUCCCGAGACUGCUGAAGGAGGCGCAGAGUUACGGGCGCUUAAUGAACGAUUCAAUCGAGUUGUUCAGACUGCUCAGAUUUGCGAGCAACGUCUGCAGGAGGCCGUACGCUGCUGGACUAAAUUCAAAGAGUGCGAGAGACAGAUGAUCGAGUGGCUGACUGCCGCGGAAAAUUUAAUCAGCGACAAGCGCAUUGACAACCGACAAUCGGUCGACAAUCACAAGAGUUUCUUUAGCAAAGUCAACGAACGGUUAAUUCAGGAUUUGAUAAAUGCUGGACAAGAUCUACGUAACACGCUCCCUGUCGAACAGCAAACGCCGAUUAUUGAGACAGUUGAUGCACUUCAGCAGCGUUGGAAAGACGUUAUGGCUUUUGCUCCGUUGCAUCUUAUGAGACUUGAGUUUAGAUUGGACGAGGCUGCUUUUAUGCAGUAUCUUAAAGAAAUAGAAGCUGAAGUUAAUAGCGAACAGCAGUCACUGAUUAAGAAUGAAGAUGUUGAGAGUAUUAUUCAGCGUAAUAAAGAUUUUUUUGUCAAUCAAGGGAUUGUUGUUAAUGUAGAACGCUGCUUGCAGACAUUGAAAAAAAUAAGUUAUGCUUAUUCGCAAUUGAAACCUAAUGAUACUAGUCUUCAGGAGGCUGUCGCUCAUGCUGAACAGUUGUGGGAAGAUUCCGCACAGAGGGUGGAAAUUAUUCGGGAACAGCUUCGUCAAGUACCUGAACAAUGGGCCGAGUAUAGAAAGAGAUACGAUGAAAUGGUACGAUGGAUGGAUCAAGUUGACAGUACUCUAAGGACAAUCUUAAAAGAAGUAAAUAGUCUUGAAGAAUUUGAAAAAGAAAAAUCAAUCUUUCAGAUGAAAGUUCUAACGAAAGUGUGCCAUGAAGCUGAUGGUAAAAGAGAACACAUGAAGUGGCUAGUGCAGACAUUGGACAGUUUGACAACCAACCGAUCGGAUCGGGAAGCGAUUACCGAGCAACAUCAAUUGGAAAUGCUGAUAACGCGUUACAAAAAUUUGAUACCGACUAUUGAAAUCACGAUGACCAAAACUGAUAUUUAUACGAAGAGUUAUACCUACAGAAAGGAAGUACGUGAAGUUUGUACGCUGUUGAGAAAAGUCAAAGAGCAAAAUACUGUGGAAUCUUCAACUCAGAUCCCGGAAAAUCUUAAAGAUGCGGUAGUACAUCAGGAAACACGGUUGAGUCAUCUUGAGCAACAGAGAGCUAAUAUUGUGAGCAUGUUGCAGCGGGGAAAAGAUUUACUUAAAGAUCAACACGCGCCUCCGUUUGUUUCUUCGGAAAUUCAGCAGCUUGAGAGCAACUGGAAUGAAACUUAUGGCCAGAGUAUUGAGACACUAAAGUCGUUGAAGACUUUCCAGAAACUGUGGCAGAGUUAUCAGGAACAGAAAGAAGAAGUUAUCAAAUUGGUUAAUAGUGCUAAUGAGGAGAUGCAAAAAAUUAAAACGACUACUUAUUACGAUGCAAGUCAAGUGUCUUCUGAUUUACGGGCGAAACAAGAAUUGAGCUCUAAUUUGAAAAAAUCAUCUGAAGAAAUGAUGUCAAAGUUGCGUGAGACUACAAAUCAACUUACAGACAUGAUGCCUAGUGAUAAACGUUUGAUAAUACACGAGGAAAUAACGCAGAUUGAAGAAACUCUGGUGAAAACAAUUGAGACAGUGGAGAAACGUGUAAUUUAUUUGACCGAACACAGCAAUAGAUGGUCGAAAUUUCAGUCUGAAGUUGGUGAAUUGAGAAACUGGGCUCAGCAGAGCGCACCUCAGGCUAUCGUUAACAUCCAAGACUUGUCAACUUCGCCAGAAGAUCGAUUGAGAAAAACGGAAACGCUUCAAAAGCAGAUUGCCGAGAAAAUAAAAGCUAUGGAAUCUUUGGAAAAGGAAUCACGGCAGCUUGUAAAAGAUGACAAAGCCAAUGAAGCUAAAGCAUUGAGAGGACAGAUCAGUAACUUGCAGAGUGUAAUUGACGCUCUGAACAAAGACAUCGCAGGACAACGUGUAGCAGCAACGGAAAACUUAGCUACUUGGAAAAAAUACGAGGUGGGUAUUCAGAAAGUUAAGCCUUGGGUUGAACAAGCAGAGACUCAGGCAGCUUCUAUUGGCACUAAACCAUCUACAUUAGCCCAAGCUACGGAAAUGCUUCACGUGGCACGAUCUUUUGAGAAACAGUGUGAAGAACAUUUGCCCCGUGUUCAGGAGCUGUCGCAUGUAAGCCAACAAAUUACAGGAAGAACUGCCGCGCCUGAUGAAGUUGAUGCUGUUUACACGAGAUGGAACGCCGUUCAUGACGUCUCUAUACAUACGGUUACAAAAUUAGACAAAUUGGUGUCCUCGUGGAAGUCUUUUGAAAAUGAAGCUGAAGAAUUUAAUCGCUGGCUAGAUCAAAGCGAGAAGGCGUGUCAAGCAGAACCAAAUUAUCAGACUCCAGAGGCGAGUAAACUUGAGCAAGAUUUGAAUCAUCUUAAGGAACUUAAUAAAGUUAUUUCUGAUAGACAAGCGCAAUUGAUAUCUCUGACUCAAGUUUCUGAUCAUGUUAGUCACGGUUUGUCAAUUGAAGGCGCAACCCAUUUAAAGGGACGAGUCGCUGAAAUGAAAACUCGUGUCGGCAGGCUUGCAGACACGGUAAGACAUCAUAUAAAUCUGGUGUCUGAUGCUUUAUUAGCAAGACAAGAGUUUCAAAUAAAAAUAUCAGACUUUGAAAACUGGAUGGCGAGAUUGAGAACCAGCAUUGCCGAAAUCAGUGAAGUCAAUGUCGGAGAUGUUGACACUAAUCUUCAAGCAGUUCAUGGUUUUCUUCAAGAACAUUUGGAGAAGCAGCCAAAUUUCUCGGCUAUUUAUGAAGAAGUUAAACAACUUGCUGCUCAGGGCUCGCCUGAAGAAGCCAAAACUCUUAAUGAAGUUUACACUGGACUUGCGCAAAAGUAUAAAGCACUCGAAGAUGAUUUACAGCAACGGAAGAAAGGUUUGGAAAGAUGGGGCGAACUGUUGAAUUGGUACAACGAAACAAAUGCGCAGUUGAGUCACACGAAAUACGAAUUAGAAGCACGAAAACCUAAUAUUGCUGAAUUAGAAAAAUUAUCCAAUGAAUUGCAGACUGUUUAUUCGAAAAUAGAAGCUUGGAAAGACCAGAUACCGGUCGUGGAUAGUUUGAUGGGCAUUCACAUGCGAGAUAAACAGGAAAAGCCAUUGACUGCUUCCUCACUUGUCCAUGAGCUUGAGUCUAAAGCAGUCGCGCUUAAAACAGAAGUCUCUACUAAACGGGAUAGAUUAGAAAAUUUGGGAGCGCGUUGGGAUAAUUUCCGUAAGAUCCAACAAAAGCUGACGGAGGAAAUCGUGGCCACUCAAACUACAUUGCAGCAAAUUACUGUGUCGGUAGAUACGUGCGAUAAAUUGGCGCCCGCGGUAGAACAAAUUGAUGAUUUGAUUGAAGAGCAUCAGAGACGGGAACCUGAUAAACUUCUGCUACAUCGCGAAGGAGAAAAUUUGAUGAAAGAAGACGCGAAGGCUACAACUAAUGUCCAGGUCGUUGUGUCCUCAGUAGACGGUAAUUGGGAGAAAGUUAAUGAAUUGCUAAAGGAACAGAGAAAGAAAUAUGAUGAAAUGGGUGCAGACUGGCGUUGUUAUCAAGAGGCACGCGAGAAAUUGGUUAAAUUUAUGGAGGACUCGCAGACACUGAGACAGUCUACGAAGGAAGUGCCAAAUGACGUGACACAGGCGAAUUUAGCUCUUGAGAAACACAAGAGAGCUUCUGAAGUUCUGAAAAAAGGCAAGCAGUUUUUAGAGAAAAUGGAUCAGAAAGCUCAGCAGCUAAUCAAAGAGGCCUCUUUGAUGCCUAAUUUCAAAGUUGAAAUUAUUGAAAACGAUUUAUCAACAAUAAGAAACCAAUAUCAGGAUAUCUAUACGACUAUUGUAGAAAAGACGCAAUCGUACGAAACCCAAGUUAUUAUUUGGAAGCAGAUUGAAGAAGCUAAAUAUGAUUUGACUCGUUGGUUGAGUGAUACCAAUGAAGCUUUGUCUUCAGCUUGCGAACGUCUCACUGACGCUGAAAAUGGACAGGCUAGAUUAGCUAGAUAUCACGAAGAACUGCCGUCUUAUCAGUUAAUGCGUCAAAGUAUCACGACUAAAACCGAUCAACUUGUUAAAAUAAACCACAAUGCCGACAUGCCGACUUUGAAAUCGCUAAAUAAACUUUUGGAUGAUCAGUUCAAACUAGUUAAAGAGUCUGCUGAUAAACUGGAAGCUCUUACCACAAAUUUGAAUGAAAAAGAAAAAGCUAUCCGGGUUAAUUUGAAAAAAUCUGGUGACCAGAUAUCAAAAAUACGAGAAGACGUUAUAAAAUGUGAUGAUUUGACGGGAGAAAAUACUAAAAUAUUAAGCAGGAUUAAGAAAUGCCGUGAGUUACAAAAAGAACUAGAAGUUUGUAGCAAUAAUUUAGCGAUGGUUGGUGAGAAAAUAGCAGAAGCUUCUCAAGUCUAUCCGGCAAUUGAACGCUCAAGUUUGCCGAAAGAAUUACAGUCGCUGCAGUUACGUCGUGACGGAGUUUCAAAUCACGCAGACAAAGUUACCGCAACGUUGGUGGCUUUUUUGACGAAAUUGUAUCACGAAAAAUUCACGGCUUUGCAGCGAAUGGUUGGAACACUAAAGGAAAAAGUAUUGUGGUGCGAACCUGAGCAGAGUAGCGAUCGCUACAAUCUUGAAGUAAAAAUGGCUUCACUCGUGGAUGUAGAAACGGGUAUUAAAGAUUGCGAAGCUAGAAAAGCUGAUACUGAUAAAUCAUUGUCGCUUUUGGAAACAGUAGAGAGCAAAGAAACGACAAGUGCAUUGAAAGCUGAACGUGACAAAGUUGCUGAUGAUUUGGUUGCAUUAAAAAGUAGUCAUGCUAAAAUCAAAAAUGUAUUGCAGCAAAAUAUCGCACUCUGGCAACGCUACGAGUCUAUUUCUGAGGCAAUAAUGUCUUGGUUGAAAGAAACAGAAGCUAAGAUUCGCGGAGAAGGUUCAAUGUUAGUAGAACUAGAUAAUGUUGAAGAUAAAAUUGUUGAAGUUAAAAAUUAUCAGAAGACGGUUAAUGAUUAUGAGAAAGAAAUGAAAGCUCUUGCGCAACUUGGUGAAGAUAUUUUACAAGUAAGUCCUGAAUCGCGUGCUGCACAGUACGUUAGUCACUUGACGACACGUUAUCAAGCGAUUCAAAAGUUUUUGUCUCAACAUCUUGAAAGAUUGCAAGAGCUCAAAGACGGAAGGGAUCAAUACCGCGCUUUAGUUAAAGAACUUGAAAAAUGGAUUGACGAAGCGGAAACUAAAUUAAAGAGUUUCGAUCAAAUCAGCGGCCCCAAAGCGAUGGCAUUCUAUCAGUCGCGAUUGAAAGAGUUGAGAGAAUUUGGCGAAAGCCGGGAAAAAGGUCAAGGUAUUUUAAACAAAACUGCUGAAGCUGGCGAAGCUUUAUUCCCGCGAACUACUCCCGAUCAACGCGAAGCUAUUCGCGCAGAGUUAAGAAAUUUACGGAACCGCGUUGACGGUUUGAUCGAUCGGUCUAAUGUUAUUUAUAAAAAAAUAGAAAAUGAUAUGAUGCACCGUUCGUCUUUCGAAGACAAGUAUACUCAGGUUAAACAGUGGUUAAUUGAUGCUCAGGCUAAAUUAGGUGAUAAACAAGAUUUGCUGCCUACGCUACAGGAAAAGAAACUGGCGUUACAUUCAUACCGGGCAAUUGCCCAAGAUGUAAGUGCGCAUAGAAAUAUUCUCCAGCAACUCAAAGAUCGUCUGAGCGGAGUCUCCGACGAUGAAGCUAGUGAAAUGCUGGCUUCUAUUAUUGAAGGAUAUGAUAAAUUAUCUAGCAAUGUUGAAGAUCGAAUAGGAAUCGCUGAAAAACACGUGGCUAAUCAUGAAGCUUAUGUACAGACUUUAGAUAGAACUCGAGACUGGUUGAAUGCGAUUGUCAAUGAAGCUGCUCCGUUAUUAGAAGAUUUGGCAAUUGAAAGAGAUUCUGCAAAAUCUAAAAUUGCGCAGAUUGAAAAUGUACUUCAACAGCGAGGAGAUGGAGACCGUAUUUUGGAAGACUGUAAUCAGCAGUUGAAUAUUAUAUUGGAGCAGACUUCGAUAGCAGGUCAUCCGGCUUUGGUGAAAGGCUUCGAGGUUCAGAAAAAAAUAUGGGAAGAUUUCUUGGCACAGUGUGAAGCUACUAAGAGUAAACUAAACCGACUUUUCAAUCAGUGGACUGAAUUUGAACGUGUUGUAGAAGAACUUGAGGCCUGGACGAAGGCAAUGGAGUCGCGAGUUAAAGAUCAGACUCUUAAGAGCACUGAAGAAGCUAAGCAAGCUUACUUGCAGAAAUUAAAAGGUUUAGAAGAAGAAAUAGCUGCCAAGGCGCCAGAAUUCAAUGCGGCUGCUGAGCAGGGUCAAAGUCACGCUGAAUCGGAAUUGGCAACAAGAAUUUCUCGACAAGUUACCAAGUAUCAAGCGAUUAAAAAUCAAGCACGUGAGGCUGUAGCUCGUUACGAACAAUAUGUUAAAGAGCACAGUACUUUCAAUGAGAGAUACAAUCAAUUUUUGAAUUGGAUUAAAGGAGUUCAAGAAGAAUUAAACAAACACAGAGAAAUUGUUGGAGAUCUGGCACUGCUUCAGAGCCGCCAGAAGAGUAUUCGUGACUUGGCGGAUACGCGGACGAAAGAGAACCCGCGGUUCGAAUCAGUAAUUGAUCUCGGUGAGAAACUUUAUGUUCACACGUCUCCAGAAGGUCGUGAAAUAGUGAGACAGCAGCUGAGAAAUUUGCGUACACUUUGGGAUGGAUUUACUGAAGAUCUUCAGUCAGCCACGCAGAAACUCGAUCAGUGUCUUAUGCAGUUUGCAGAAUUUUCAUUGUCUCAGGAACAGUUGACUUCGUGGCUCAGAAAUGUUGAAAAGGACAUGCAUCAACACACGGAAUUGAAGUCGACACUCGAAGAGAAGCGCGCGCAACUGCAAAAUCACCGGAUUAUGCAUCAAGAAAUUAUGUCACAUCAGACUUUGGUCGAGUCUGUUUGUGACAAAGCUCAGAGACUUGUAGACCAAACCAAAGACACUUCGCUGAACGUUUACUUACAAUCUAUAAAACACCUGUUCCAAAAUAUCGUCGCCAAGUCUCAGGAUCUUUUGGAGAAUUUAGAAGAGUGUGCGGAUGUUCACAAUAAAUUUAAUUUACAGUGCAAGUACUUUGACGACUGGCUAAAUGUAGAGAGAGAAAAAUUACUGGACUGCAAUGACAUAACUGGAGAACGAGCUGAUAUAUCUAGAAGAUUGGCAACUUUGGCUGUGCUGAAGAAUGGACAAGCUCAGGGACUAGAACAUUUGACUAAAUUGAGAGAAUUGUUAGAAGUUGUGAUCAAGAGCACGGCUGAGAAAGGACAAGAAGCUAUCAAGAAAGAAGCUGAUGCUCUUGAGUCGGCGUUACAUCAGCAUCUCAGUGAGAUCGAAACCGUAGAAGCUAAACAGAAUGCAGCUCUUCAAAAGUGGCAAGACUUUGAGGAACAACUGGACGUUCAUACCAAGUGGUUCCGUACUAUCGAGGCAGUUUUUCGUGACCAACAGCUUCAAGCAACUUUACAGGACAAAGAAGAUCGAUUACAAUUGUUUAAAAAUAAACGCGAUAUUAUUUUGAAGAAGGAGAAAGAAAUUGAUGAGUUUGUUGACAAAUCCCACGGGCUAUUAAACGCCAGUGGGGUUGAAAGAAUUAAACCAGCGAUAUCUCAGAUCAGUAAUAGAUACCAAUCGUUACAUGUAUUGAGUAAAGAAGUAGUUGAUCGCUGUCGCGCAAUCGUUGACGAGCACAGAGAAUUUGAAGACAAGCUUAAAGCUGUUGAUGUCUGGUUGACUCCGCUGGAGCAAAAUCUUGCUGCGUUGAAGAAAGACGAACUGGGAGGUGAUUUUGAAGCUAAAGGAUCGCGGCUGAAAAUGCUGCUAGCAGAACGUGAUCAGGCUACCAGCCGUCUUACAGCAUUGACUGCCGCCGGAGAACGCAUUUUACCUGCGACUUCAGCUCAGGGACGUGAAACAAUUCGCCACGAGUUAAGACACGCCCGUGAGCGGUGGGAUAAUUUGACUGAAGGAAUUUCAGAGCAGCAGAAGAAACAAGACGCCCAGUCACUGCAGUGGUCAAGUUAUCAGGAAACUCUUCAACAUAUUUCCGCUUGGCUGGAUAACAUGGAACGCGCAAUGAAACAAGACUCUUCUACUUCGUCCACUCACCAAGAAGUCCGUUCCAGGUUACUCAAGAGCAAAACUCUUCAUCAAGAAAUUUUGGCGCACAAAAGAAUCGUCGAAGCAAUCUCGGAAAAGGCUAAUGCGUUGACCCAAGCGCCUGCUGACGUAAAAGAUGCCGUUGUCGCGGUUUCAAAACGUUAUGAAUCACUAGUAGACGCUUCCCAAAAAGGAAUAGCCGGUUUAGAAAGACUGUCCGAGAUCUUCCAACAGUUACAUGAUCUACAAAAAGCUUAUCAAGAUUACCAGAAACAGCAGUGGGAUAAAUUGGCCAAUUACAAUGACUACACGGGUAACAAAGCUGCUUUGCAAGCGAGACUCGCUAAAGUUAUCGAGAUUCAGGACGAGCAAACUGAAGGUGAACUUAAACUUAAUGUCCUGGAAGAACAUGUUAAGCAGAAUAGUUCUAAUUUGCCACCUAGAGCUCAAGAAUCUACUGAACGUGAUCUUGCUAAUCUCAGAUUCGAGAGUAAAAAAUUCGCAACUGCAGUCAGCGAUGUGAUUCGGUCUCUUGAAGAAAGAAUUCAGCAGUGGAGCGAGUAUGAAAAUGCUCUGGAACGUCUUCUGGCCUGGCUGUCGGAAGCAGAAACGAUCUUGAAGAACUACACGUUGAAAAAUACGAUAGAGGAGAAGCAAGAGCAGCUUGAAAAAUAUCAGGAACUUCUUAAAAUAUCGGAAUCAAGGAAUAGAGAUGUGACAGAACUGGUCUCACUGGGUGAUCAUCUUGAACAAUCGCUGAUCGUCAAUUUACGGAGUCACGAGGCGGAGUUCGAUAAAAUGAGCGACAAUUCAUCUGAACUGAUUGAAACAAGCGGGGAAUCGAGAUUUUCUGCCAACAUCCAGCAAGUAACUUCACGGUUCCAGUCUAUCCAAGCAACUGCCAAGGAACUGGUUAAAAAAUGCGAGCAAGCAACUCAAGAUCACGCCGCAUACUUGGAACGUUAUAAGCAAUGCACAGACUGGUUAGCAGCUUCUCAAGCUCAGUAUCAGGCAUCAAGAGACACUACUAAUGCUACAAAACAAGAUUUGAUCAGCAACGGAGAUAGUUUACGUGAAUUGUUGUCUCGCAUCACUGCUGGAACUCUUUUAGUUAACAACACAGUCGAAGCAGGAGAACGUUUGUACCCAACAACUGGAUCAGAAGGUCGUGAAAUAAUUCGCCAGCAGCUUUUAGACCUUCAGCAGGCACUCGAGUCUUUAGUCGACGGAGUAUCGUCAACGGAACGCGAUAUCCAAGUGAAAAUUUCCCGGUGGCUUGGAUUCGAUGACUGUAGCGGCAGUUUUGAAAAAUGGCUGUCGCAGAUGGAGAAACGAAUAAAACCGGAAUUGGAAUUGAAGACAACGUUGGAUGAAAAACGAAUUCAAUUGCAGAUUUAUAGAGAUUCUCUUCAUGACAUACAAAGUCAUCAAGAAGAUCUUCUGGCUUUGAAAGACAAGUCAGAUAAUUUGCCAGACAAAACUGACAAGACUGAUAAAAUUAUAAAUGAUUUAACUAAACGUUACUCGUCAAUCUUAAAACGCGUGCAAGGAUUUGUUGAAAAAUACGAGGCGAUUGUCAGCGAUCAUCAGCAGUACAGCAAAGCUGUGUUAGAAACUCACGAGUGGUUGGACGCGACUCACAACGCCGUUAGUCUUUGGGGUGAUACUGAUCUAGAACGUGUAUCACUUCAUACUAACAUCGAUCGGCUCAAAAAUUUACUUCACACGCUACCGGAAGAUCAACCGCGCAUCCAGCAGAUAAGAGUGUUGGGUGAAAAAGUAAUACCUGGAACUCUAGAGUCCGGGCAAGUUAAUAUUAGAUCCCAGAUUGAUUCAUCGCAACAGGAAUGGGAAGGUCUGGUGUCGGCGAUUAAAUCGACGAUUGAACUUAUUGAGAAUAAAUUGCAGCAGUGGCAUGAAUUUGAAGCUUUGAAAGAAAAAUGUUUAGAUUGGAUACGUGAUACUGAUACUAAAUUGCACGCAGUUGAUCUAAAAUCAACUUUGCCAGAGAAAAAAGAACAGCUCGAACAGUUACGUGUCUUGCAGGGUGAAGUCAGAGCAAAGGAAUUAGAAAUUGAUGCGGUGACUGAACGUGCGCAACAACUACAAAAAAAUAUGACAUCACGUACGUCAAAUAUACCCGAGCUUGGUAUCAAAUACCAACAGAUUUCGAGCAAAGUCAAGGAUUUAAAUAACCGGUGGCAUCAGUACGUGAGCAAUCACCAAGACUUUGAUAAUAAUCUUGCCGCGUGUAUCAACUGGCUCGAGGGAAUUCGUGAGAAGCUCGCAUACUCAUCAGACUUAAGUGCUCUGUCCCAGAAGGAUUUAGAAAGUAAAAUGGAAACGGUACAGGAUUUACUUCUGUAUAAAGAAGAUGGAUUUUCUAAAAUCCAAGGUAUUGUUGAGUUGGCCCAAACUGUCCUGGCAAACACGGCUCCAGCUGGUCACCAAGCCAUCAAUGAAGCUGUAGUACGUCUACAAGAGCAAUGGAGCGCAUUGACAACACUAAUGCUUGAGACUAAAACAAAUCUUGAUGAUUCCAUCAACAAAUGGGCUGGAUUAUUGGAACAAAUACAAACGAUAAACAAAACUGUUGAGCUAAUGAAAAAUUCUUUGGUAGAAAUAUUACCGUUCCAGUCAACGAUGACGGAGAAACGUAACCAGCUUGAACGUAUCAAAGCUUUGGAAGAAAAAGUCAGGUGUGAAAAUAUUGAGGUGGAUAAUUUGAAGUCGAAAUUCGCUGAGAUGAUUGCCAGUGGUCAGCAAGGACUGGCCGCUUCGCAGGCUCAGGAUACUUUGAAUAAAUUUGAUCAGCUGUUUGAAAAAAUAAAAUCGCUGCUUGCUGAGCGUGAGGAUCAGUACAAAGAUCACAAGCGUUAUAAAGAAGCACAUGAUGAUUUGAUUGCGUGGUUGAGCAGAGCCAGGGAAAAGAUUCCGUCUAUGAAGCAGCGAACACUUAGUGACAAGUUGGCAGUUGAGAAUGCGGUUGCUCCGCUUGAGAGUUUACUCAAUAAAAAAGCUCAAGGUGAAUUGCUGGUUGAACAUCUGCAGCACACUGGAGAAGUUGUUUGCGCCAGCACUAGUCCACAAGGUGGGGAAAUAAUUCGCAAUGAGAUCCGCGCGCUGAGUGAAAGCUUCGAGAGUCUGUUCAAAGAAGUGCAGCAUCAGAAGAGUUUGCUGGAGAGUACCGUCAGCCAAUGGCGUGAUUACAAAGACGAGUAUGAGAGAUUGAGUGAUUGGUUACAGCAGUUUGAUAUCUUGAUAAAAGCUCAGAAGAACGCGUUGCUGCCCAAUGUCGUGGAGAAGGAGAAACAAGUUAAAGAGGUCCGUGAUAUUCUUGACAAUCUUGAAAAAGGCCAAGAACAAAUUGAUAAGUUCAAUAAAUCAGCAUCCGUUUUACUUUCUUCCCACUUGGAUACUUAUAUAAAUAAUCAACUUCGUCACCUUAACUCGCGCUAUCAAGUUCAGGUUAAUUUGGCUAAAGAUGUUUUGAAUAAAGUGGAGACUAAUUUGUCGCAGCAUCAAGAGUAUGAAGCUAACUUGGGCAAAACUAGGGCGUGGAUUGAUAAUGCCAAGCAAAUAAUACGUCAAGGAACGGAAGCAGCUUCGUCAAGCAGCCGGGAAGAGCUGCAGGAACGAUUGGAAAAAAUUCAAGAGCUACUGAAAAAACUUGAGGAGGGCCAAAACCUUGUGCACUUGACUGUUAAUUGUGGGGAAAAGGUUGCGAGGAACACGCGAUCUGAUGGACGAGAAGAGAUAAAUAAUCAAUUGAAAGAAAUUCAAAAUGAUUGGGAACGAUUGGUUAAGAAAAUAUCAACGACUAAAGUUCAUUUGGAGACUAGUUUACUCCAGUGGGCUGAUUACAGUUCAUCGUACUCGCAAUUGCAGCAGUGGAUUAACGAUCGUGAAGCGAAAUUGCAACAAGUGUGCGAACAAAAAGUUUCAAAAGCUAAAAAAGGUCUUGCUGGACUUAAUUCAUUGGCUAUUGGUGAACGUAAAGCUAAUUUACGACAGACGAAUAGUAUUAUGCAGGAUAUUGUUGCCUUUGAACCGAUGAUUCAGUCAGUUACUACUAAAGCUGAAGAUUUGCAGCAAGCAACACCUGCUACGGAGAUUUCAAUAAAAUAUGAGACUCUUAGUAAGCAGGCACAAGAAUUGUAUGCUAAGCAAAAGGAAACUGUUGAACAGCAUCAAGCUUUCGUUGACAGCGGCACUGAAUUUGUUCAAUGGAUAAGAGUUGCCAAAGAAAGACUGGGCAAGUGUUCUGAACCUACUGGUGACAAAGAAUCGCUGUCGAGUAAAAUAACUCAGCUAAAAGUACUGCAGAGUGAAUUACCAGAGGGACAGCAGAAGCUGGAGAAGGCUUUAGAACGCGGUAAUGCUGCUUGUCAGAUAGCUGAUGCAGAAGAUAAGGAAAUAAUUGAAGAAGACGUCGCUAUGCUGCAAGAAGAAUAUGAUAAUUAUGUCGAUUCGUUGAAUAAUACCAAGAGUCUACUUGAAGUUGGCAUUGUCAAGUGGACAGAGUACGAAGACCAGUACUCUGAAGCAACCGAGUGGCUGAAUCAGACUGAACAGCUUGUGCAGACUUUCAAUAAACUCCAGGAUAGUUUAGAAGAGAAGAAGAAUGUUCUUGAACGCUUCCAAGUACACUUACAGACUUUGUUUGAUUGGCAAAAGGAGUUGGAUCGGCUGAAUAUGAAAGCCCAGAUGCUGCUGGAGACUUGUGCGGACACUAGGAUUUCAAAUCAAGUUACUCAACUUACUACUAAGUACAAUGCGCUGCUGUCGUUGGCUAAAGAAAUAAUGCGGCGACUGGAGCUGCAUUAUCAAGAGCACCAGCAACACAAUACGCUCUAUCAGGAGUGCCAGGACUGGAUUGACCGAACACGAGACAAGUUGGGAGAAUGCAAAGACGUAUCGGCAACUUUGAAUGAGGUUAACAAUAAAUUGAAUAUGUGCAAAGCGAUACGACAGACGUUAGAACAGGGUCAGAAUAAACUGAGAUACGCUUUGGAACUUAAGGAACGUGUUAUUAUGAAUACUGAGCAGAAUGGCGCGGCUAAGAUUCAAGAGGAUACGGAAAAUCUUAAAGCAGAGUUUGAUAAGCUUAUGGUAGAUGUUGAGGAUGCGAGACAGAAGCUCUCAACGCGGGCUACUUCGCUUGAAGAAUUGGGUAAAUUGUAUCGGUUGAUUACUGAUUGGAUUGAUGAGAUUGAUGUCAAGAUAAGACCUGACGAAACCUACAGGAAUGAUUUGAGCGAAAAGAGGAUGCUGUUGGAGAAAUAUAGAACUGCACAGCGCGAUAUUCAGGGGCACAGUGAUACAAUUGAUCGAUUGAAGUCGCGGUUACAUGAAGACAGCACUAUUCCAAGAGAACCUUAUGAAACAACGAUCGCUAAAUACGACGAAUUGAGGAGAUUAGUUGCAGAGAAGAUCAAUAACUUGGAGGAUCAAGUUAGGGAACACGAGAGAUUCCAACAGGCGCAGAAUGAAGCUGCGGAUUGGGUUAGAAGGACUAAGGUUGAAGUCCAGCAGUACAGUAUGACUCAAGGUGAACGCCCGAAGAUAGUAGAGCGGGAGAAAAAGAUCAGCGAGAUCGUUGAUUCUAUGCCUAAAGGCGAGGCGCUUAUUUCAAAAGUAAUGGAUAUCAGUGAGUCAGUUAUCUCGUCGACGGGCGCAGAAGGUCAAGACGCAAUACGUCAAGAAGUACGACAGCUUCAGCUUGACUGGAAGUCAUUACAAACACAAUGCCAAGAGUCACAAAAAAUUCUUGCUAAUUGCAUUACCAUGUGGUCACAAUUUACCACCGCGAUGGAGAGCAUGAAGAAUUGGCUGGAUCAGUUCCAGAAGAAAGUUACUGAUGAACAGUCAAAAGAAAACAAAACGCCACAGGAUUUAGAACGGUGCAAGGCGUUGGUUGAUGAGGCAGUUCGCCAGAAACCAGUGCUGGAAGAGUUGAAUGAUAAAUGUGAAACACUUUUGGAAUUAAGUGCGUGCAGCUGGGCGAGAGAUAAAACCGUACAGUUGCAAUCAGCGUACACGACAUUGCUAACUGAAGCACAGGGACUGGUUUCGAAGGUAGAGAAAAAUUUAUCAGACCACACGGAGUUCUUGAAAGCGAGAAAAGAGAUGGAAGAAUGGCUACAAACUGCCCACGGGUCAAUUCAAGACUGCGUGGGCGUCGGAGAUGUUACUUGGGCGCGCGAUAAAUUGGAAACAACUCGUGUUGUUGCAACAAGAAUUACCGAAGGUCAACAUUUACUUUCAACGUUGAAAAAUGCAUUUGCCAAGGCAAUAAAUACUGCGUUACCGGAACAACAGGAGCAAUUGAGAACAGACAUGGCUAAAUUGACAUCCAACUGGGAGCAAUUGAAUAUGGAUUUAAAUACAGUCCAAGCUCAGGUAAAAGCAACAUUGACCCGCUGGGAAGAUCAUGCCGAAGUCUACGAGCGGCUUAAAAAAUGGCUGAGUGAUACAGAGAAGUCUCUAGAGACUCUGCCAGACACAAAGGGCGAGAUUGGCGAGAUGAAGACGUUACUUGAGCGCUACAGACAUAUUCAAGAAGAAGUAAAAGCCAAGAAAACCGAUCUGGAUCAAUUGCUCGAGGAGUCGAUCGAGUUGUCCGGGUGGGCGAAGAAUAAUGCAACUCAAGACCAAGCUAAUGACCUUCUCAGCCGUUGGAAAUCACUGGGACUGCUGGUAGACGAGCAGAAACGCCUCGUUGAAAAUGAAAUGGACGAGUACACGAUGUACCAUACCGCGCUCCAGGAAACAGAGAAGUGGCUGCUUCAAGUUUCAUUCCAAUUGAUGGCCCAUAAUUCCAGAUACAUUACCAGCAAAGAACAGACACUCGAGCAAAUAAAAGCUCACGACGCUCUGUUAGAUGACAUCCGUAAUUACCAGCACGAUCUGGAUGAUUUAAAAGACAAAGGACAGCAUCAAAUUGAUCGUUACAUCUCAGCAAAUCCCAACAUCAAACCUACCAUCGAAACUCAGCUGCAAAAUGUCCAAGAGAGUUACAAUUCUCUUCUCAAUACAGCGAUUCAGAUUAAGAAUCGUUUGGACGAAUCGCUAGCUAAGUUUGCCGAGUACGAAAGAACUCUAGAGAGUAUAAUGAAAAAUUUGGAUACCUACGAACCGGAAAUAGUCCGAGAACUAGAGGCGCCUCUGGACACUCUAGAGUCUGCGGAAAAAAGUCUCGAGAGUGCUCGUAUGCUGCACAAUAAAUUGCAGGCUGAAAAAACGCGACUAGCGGUCGCUGUUGAGGCUUGUGAAGCUGCGGCCGCCUGUGUUUCGCGUCCUGGCAGCCCUCUGGAUGCCCCGGCCAUCCAAAUACCCUCGAGGGAAGUCGAAGUACGCACGAGACUCGAAGAUUUGAUCGAUCAGAAAGAUAAUCGAGAUACUGGCGACAGGCUGAAAGCAUUGUUUCGUGUUAUUGAAGAAAAAGGCUUCUUAGUCAAACUUAAUCAUAUGUGCGAGAAGAUGCAAACACAUCUGGCGAAUGUAUCGAAGGCUGUGGGAGAACUAGAGGAGCAAGCGCACCAGAAGAAUGAUUUGAAAGCAUGGAUCAAUCAGCAACGUGCAUUGUGUGCUGAGUGGAAAUCGCGACCCGCUAAAUUACGCUCAGAGGCGGCCCAAGCUGAGCUUCAGGCGAUGAAUGAACUCCUGGGAAGUAUUGGAGAAAGACGAUCACGUGCUCUGGCGGAAUUGUCACUACGACCGGAAGACAAUAUUGAGGAAGGUCUCGAUAAGCUGGAGACUGAAUUAAUGGAAGCUAUUGCUGACAAACAAGCGACGCAGGAACUGAUACAGAAGUAUCGGUCCCAGGUUCAGGAUAUUCAGAGCUGGUUCGACGGGUUGUCUAAGAAAGUUGACGUUAUUGAGAAAGGCAAUGGCUUGACGAUAGGUCAAAAAAUAUCGGCAGUCAAGGCAAUCAUCUCGGACUUUGAGACCCAAGGUCCUGGUAGAUUGGAUCAAGUUAAAAAAUUAGGAGACCAAGUGAUGGAUUCCGUUAGUAAUUUGGAUUCACAGCAAAUUGAGGAGCAGAUUAAAUCUGUUGAUCGAAGAUACGCUGAUGUUAACAAGAAGCUGGUGAGGAAGAGUCAGGUGCUGGAUAUGACUGCUCAGGGCAUCGAGGCAACACGCAAAGAGAUUGAGGACAAUCGUGAGUGGAUAAGUUUAAAGAAACAGCAAGCGCGGGCAACGGAAUCUCUUGGUUUUGAGUGUAAGCCAGCGGAUGAUAGAGUCCUAGCUUUGAAAGCGAUGCUCAAAGAAGCUGAAAAUAAACAAGUGAUUGUUGACACGCUGGAAAAACGGGUCGGGAAUAUGCAGAAUGAGCUUGAAGCAAGCGAACAACAGGAGUUGGAAUCCAAGGCCCGGGCACUGCGGACUGAACAAGUUGAACUCUGUUCAAUUUUGCGUGAAGAAAUUUCCGGAGCCACUGCUGCUGCGGACGCUAGACACAAACUUGAAACAGACUUUGAACGCGCGCGUCUGUGGAUAAAGGCCAAGCAUAAUGAUCUCAAAAAACUAAGCGGUUAUCUUCCUUUGAGAUCCACCAAAGUCGAGCAGGAUAUCGUUCAUCACAAUGAAAUUGACGGCGAUAUAAAUUCCUUCAACGAGAACAAUCUUAAAGAUGUUUUGAAGCAAGCCAACAGUUUGAUGCGUGAUUGCAAUGAAGAAGACCGCGUGAAGCUUCAAGUUCUACUGGAUAAUUUGAAUGAGGAUUAUGAUGCGUUGAAGAAGGAAGCUGCUGAGAAGCAAGCCUCGUUGGCGGAUUUGUUGCAAGGUCGCAAAGCCUUUGAAAAUGAAAUAGAUAGGUGCCAAAGGUGGAUCAAAGAAGCUGAGACAGCUACUUCGUCGGAUGUAAGAACGUCAAGUGUUGAUGUGCUUAGAGAGCAGCUUGCUAAGUACGAUAGAUUGAAGCAAGAAGCUAAAGCCUUUGGUGAAGACGUCGAGAAGAUAAUGCAGCAGGGAAAAUCAAUUUUGCCGACGGUGAGCGACGCAGAUAAACUUGAACUGAGUGAUCAAUUGAAGAGUAUGAAAGACGCACACAAUAGAGUUGCUGGUGUUAUAAAUGAACGCGCUGCUGCGUUACACAAAAGUAUCGCCGAGGCGGAAGAAGCUGCCGCGCGUGUCGCCGAAGCCGUUCAAUUCAUGUCUGACAUACAGAAGGAACUUAAUAAUUUGAAUAAACCCAUUGGAUCGCGGGUUGAAGAUGUGGAAGGAAUGCUAAUGGCUUACGAAAAAAUUCUUGGUGAUUUAAAAGCUAACAAAGCUAAAUUGUCGGACUUGCAAUCAGCAAACAUUGGAGACUUGCAUGGAGUAAUUGGUCAGCAGGAUGAUUUAAUUAGGGCGCUAGAAGCACAAAUAGCAAGACUCAGACAAUUGCUUUUACUUCGUCAGCAAUUUAUUGCAUUGAUUACGGAAAUUAUGUCAUUUAUCGCUAAGUAUAAUGAAAUAGUUAGAGAUAUUGAGAAGCAGGAUCAAACUACUGAGGAAAAAAUAAAACGUUAUGAUGACGUUAUCUCAAAAAUUCAGGAAUGCGAGGCUACAUUGGCGAGUGCUACUGAUAAAGGACAGCAGAUUGCUGCUGAUGGAUCUGCGGCUGAUAGAAAUAAUGUUACGGAACAACUACAGUCGCUCAAACAACAGCUACAGGGUUUGAGACGUGCAGUUGAGAUGCAGCGAGAGCAGCAUGAGCUAGCGGCUGCUGAGCACAAGCGAUUAGCUGAAGAGCUUGCGGAGAUUCUCGACUGGCUGGAGAACAAAGAAAAGGAAAUAAAGUCUCGUCCGUUGCUAGAUCGCGCGGUUGAAAGCGUCGAAAGUGAAAUACAAAAGCAUAAAUUACUUUGCGGUUCUGUUAAUGAAUAUUUGGACAGAAUGAGACAGCUAAAGGAGUCAGUUAAACACGAAGAGGGCAUGCCGGGUUCACUUAAAGAAAUGCUUAGCGAAGCAGUGUCUCUCCUGUCAUCAUUACCACGAGAAAUGGAAGAUCGUGAGACUUAUCUCGAUAUCAACUUGCAAAUGCGUUUAAAUUACGGACAACUGGCAGAUAAAUUUCAUAAUUGGGUACGUGAAGCCGAGAUACGUCUACAGAGUGACAAAGACGGACUUGACUUUGAGAACAUCGUUAGUGAUUUAGAAGAACACAAAAUAUACUUUAGUUCCGAAGCUUCUAUUCGUGAGCUAGUGUCCCAACAAAUUCAACAAGCAGCUGACAAAGUUUGGCCGUCUUUGAACAGCGCCGAGCAAGAAGAGCUGAGUCUCGAGCAACAGCAACAUCUCCAGUUACUAAAAAACACUUUGAAUACUGCUAAAUCCCAUCGCGCUAGAUUAGAACAAGGCGCAGACACGUGGCGUGAUUACACGCAGACUUUAGAAAGAGUUAAAGCGGUAAUUGGACGAUCCCGAUUCACCGACGAACCCGUUACCACCCUCGCGGGCUUGCAGUUCAAUAUCCAGAAGCUAACUCACGCGCUAAAUGAUAUCCAGAACCAGCAGUUUGAAUUAGAUCUUCUAAACGAACGUGGACAGGAAAUUUUGACGCUCGCUGAUGCAAAUAACAAGCAAACUAUCAAAGCCCAUCUCGAAGAAACAAGUGCUCAGUGGAAAGAACUCGUCAGUGGACUAGAGGGUCGUCGCGAAGCCUUGGAGGCGCUUUCUAAACACUGGGAAGAUCUCGAGGCACGACUAAAUCACACGGAAACAAAACUAAAUGCCAUAGAGGAAAGAAGUAAACUCGUCGACUGCAUCGUCAGGUCUAAGCAUCACAUCAAGGAUACCAUAAAGUCACUUGACGAGUUAGUAGUGGAAGCUGAGAAAUUGAUUCCAGUGACCGAGGAAAUAAAAGAUCUCGCUGGACCGGUAAUUGAAUAUCUAUCAGCAUUUACCGAAGCAUCAGCACGUGGUCUUGAAGAACGUCUAGAUAAACUUCACAGUACUGCGGAAACGCUUGUCAGCUCACUUGACAUAAAAUCUAAAAAAGCACGUCAAGAUCUCGACUUAUUGAAAGCAGACGAGCAAGAAAUAAAACGUCUGCAAGAUAAAUUAGAACGUGUACACGAAGAAGUUAAAAUUUUCUACGUCUUUGGGGUUGACCAAGAGGCAAUCGAAGAUUCAUUAAUAAAGCAACGGGAAUCGUUACUGGAAUUAAUUGACGAAAUAAAAAAAUUUUCUGGCAACACUAAGGCGCGGUACCAAACGAGCCAGCAAUUGGUACCAAGUGACCUCGCACAGAAAUUAGCGUCUUUGGAACUCAGUGCCGAGGGUGCCGUACAAGCAAUGGAGGAGAAACAACGAGAGCAGAAACGCGCGAGGACGAUCCGCACUGACUACUUGGCCGACGUUGACGAGCUCCAGGCCUGGAUACGUCAGGCUGAGCUUAAAGUCCAAGACAGAUCUGUAGAGCCACUUAAAUUACGUGAAUUUUUACGACAAAUUCAAACGGAGCUUACUCCGAUGACAGACAAAUGCGAGCGAAUGACGAAAAACGGACGCACGAUUAUCGAAAAUACCCGCGACGAGAACGAAAAAGAAAUGAUUGGUAAGACGAUUGCCAAUCUGACCGAACAAUUGGGACAGGUUAAGUCCUGGCUCGAGGAAAAAAAGCAACAGGUGGGCGACUCUCUGGACGCUUGGCAACGGUUCCUUGUACUUUACGAGUCUGUCAGAGCGUGGACCGAGGAAAAGAGGGUCUUUUUAAAGGAGCCUCUUAAACUCAGUACUCUGGUACAGACUCGUCAGAGGUUACAUGAUUACUCGACGGCUGUUAAAAGUUGUAAGCAAGUUAACAAGAAUUUGAGUGAUAUGGGCAAAGAACUAGAAGUUAUUGGGCAAUUUACUAGCGUAGGUGAUUUACCGGAAAAACUUGCUCAGGCCGAAGAGGCCAAGGUUGAAGUUGAAGGUCAAUUAUUAGAAAGGAACGCAUUACUACAAGAAGCGAGCGAAGAAUGGGAACAGUGUGAGAAAAAAUUCAAAGACGUUAAAACGUGGUUAGAAAAAGCAAAACAAAGUUUAGAAUCAGCGCAAAACAAAAAGAAACCACUGAGAGACCAGCAUGCGAUUAGAGAAAAAAUGCUCAGUGAUAUCGCGAUACAGAAAACUAAAAUAUCAUUUUCGGUUGAAAAACUUCAGGUACACUUUAAGACCGGAAUUGGCGGCGACAAUAAAAUCGCCGAAACUGCCGACGAUAUGAUAAAUGAACUAAACCUACUCAAUGAUACGGUAAAAGAACAAACUGCGUCUUUGGAAUCUUGUCUCACGCAAAUAGAUCAGUACCAACAGGAAAUACAACAAAUAAGACACCAAAUAAUUCAAGUUGAACAGCAAUUACGUUCGGCUUUAAGUCCGACUUAUUUACCAAAUGACCGUGAAAGAGCUAUGCAAGAGCAACAGGCCUUGCAGACACAAAUGGAGACGUGGCGUCAACGAUCGAGGCUGUUGGUGGACGAGAUUCACAAAGUCGAUCCUUACUACUCAUUUCCUGGUGAACUGACUCCACGAGUAACGGGACUUGCUUCUUAUGCAGACAUUGCAGCUGGUCGAUCUACUCCUAAUUCGAGAGACACUAGUCCUUAUCGCGCACAACAGGAAUCUAGUUCAAGUCAGACUGCGCCGCAGCAUCAGAUUCAUCGGCCACAAGUUAUUCGCCCUCAGAGUACACAAGUUUCUCAAAUACCUCAACCACAAAUACCUCAGACACCUCAAGUACCUCAAAUAAAUGAACCAGAGAAAGAAAAAAUCGAGAGAGAAGGUAAAAAAGCAUCAAAACGACGAGGACGAUCACCAACACGCAGCAACAGGAAAAAAAUUGUUGAUGUUCCGGAGAUUAAAGUUACCGGUAAAGAAACUGCUGUUCAAGAACACGUUUCUUUUGAAACUAAGGAACAUAUUUCAACUAAUCUUGCAGCGCAUGAUCCUCGCAGACGAUCACCAAGUCCUAUUUGGAUACCUGGGUCUACUUCUUACGCUGAUAUUCUGCGCAAAGCUCAAGGUCCUGGUUCUUAUACCACUGAGUCACCGGAACAUGAUUACGGUAUGAUUAUGUUGACGAAAGAACGUCGAGAAAGUAUCGGAUCAAAUGAUAAAUCUGUUUCGGAAGAAAUUCACCAGAUAGAAAAAUCAGCGAUUGGAGAUGUUGCGACUCCUGGUGACAAGUAUCAAGUUAUUAAUCAAGACAGUCAAAAUUUGAGUAAAGAAAGGUGGUCAGAAAAUACAUUGAACCAGAGCUCAAUGAUGGAGAAUAAAUUUGAAAUGCCGGUAAGUCAACCGGAAGUAUAUGAAUACAAUGCACCGAUGACGGAUGUUGUUGACAUUGGAACUGGAGUCAAUUUCUUUAAUACAGGACUUGAUUAUCCCGUUGGUUCUUAUGUUUAUCCGGCAGCAAAUCAUCAACAGCAGUUGCAAGCUAUCUAUGACACUCAUAUGAGAUACACUGCGCAAUUUAUCGCUCAACAAGAUUACCUAACAACUGAGAGUCAGGAUGCCUAUUUACAGAUAUGCGGUAUUCAGAAUCAACAGUGCCCGCAAAGUGAAAUGAUUUAUGAUAAUUCGGUAAUUCUUGGUGAUGCAAUGCCGCGUCAAGUUUGUCAAAGCCAAGUGCAAGAUCAUGUGAGUGUUGUUGAUAGUUCUGUUAGUUUGCCAGAAAAUAAUAAGACAAUUGAAGUUAAUGAGAGUGUGGAAGUUAAAGAGGGAGAUAGCGAACCGAAGGAGAAGAUGGGUGACGAAGAUGUUGGAGAGGUGGAACAAGUUCAAACAGAAGUUAGAGCAUCAUCUAUUUCUUAUGCUAAAAUUUUGUCUCAAGGUUUGCCUGCACGUACAACUCCGUCACCGCCGACAAAUAAAUUAAUUGAGGAAUCUAGUCAGCAAAGUUUACAGACUGCUCAUGAAAUUAUUAAGCCAGAUGCCAGAAUCGUUAAAAAAGAUAUUGAUAGUGAGCCAGAUGUCGAUAGCGGUAAGAAAAAUAAGGAUGGUAGAAAUUGGGGAACGAUUAAGAAAAAAGAUUCAAGGAGAAAAGGUCAGGAAGAUAAAGUUAAGGUCGAAGGGGUUAAAGAAAAUUCUAGGGAUAAAAAACAGAAAAAACAAUUUGAAGUUAUGGGAAAAAGUGAAAAAAUAGGGAAAAAUAUUCAGGAAAAAAUUAGUGAGACGAGUAAAAUUGUUGAGAGUAUCGAUAGUGAGAAAGUUGAUGAUAAAGUGCAGAAAAUUGGUGAUAAAAUGCAGAAGGAUGAUAAUUUAAAUGAUAAUAUUGAAAAAGAUAAAAAACGUAAACAUAAAAAAAAGAAAUCAGAUAAAUCUCGUGAGGAUGAAAUUGAUAAGGCUCUUAAAGAGAUUGCUGAUAUGGAAAAACAAAAAGUCAAAGAUAAGGUGAAAGAAAAAGAACAGAAACCUAAAGAAAGUGAAAAUAAAAUUGAAGAAAUUCAAAAGGUUGAUAAAGUUAAGAAGAUAAAAGGUAAAAGUGACAAAGAUAUUGUGGAAGAACAAGCGAAAGAAGUGAGCAAAGUUGUGGAUGAAGUUAAAUUUGAAGAGUCAAAGAAAUCUAAAAGUAAGAAAAAUAAAGAAGGUAAAUCUGAUGAGAAAGUUGCUGGUGAAGAAAUAAGGAAAGAUAGUAAAGAAAAAUUAGACAUUAAGACUUUGGGAGAAGAAGUCAAGGUAGAGACGAUAAAAUUAGAAGAAGUGAAGAAUUAUAUCAAAGUUGAUAAAGUUUUGGAGGAAAAAAAUGUUAAGAGUAACAAAGAAAAGAAACAGAAGAAGAAGAAAGAUGAUAAACUGGUUAAAGUUAAGGAGGAAGCGAUAGUUGAAUCAUGGGAAGAAAUAAAAGAUGAAGAUAUGAAAGAUUUGUCUGGUAAAGAAGCUGAUAAAGUAGAAAAUAAAGGCUUAGAAGAAAAAGUGGUUCAGCCGACAGUUGAAGCGAAGCAAAAGAAGAAGAAAGGUGACAAAGCGCAACCGAAAAUCGAUAAGCCAGAUUUGAAAGAUAAGUCAAUGGCUGAAGAAAUUAAGCAACAAGAAAUAAAAGUUGGUGAUAAAAUGGAUACUAAAAUUCCUGAUGAAAAAUCGCAGGAAGCGCCGAGUAAGCAAAAGAAGAAGAAAGGUGAUAAGUCACAGGCAAAAGUUGAUAAAUCAGAUUCUAAAAAAUUGAUUGUAGAAACGAAGCAAGAAGAGUUGAAGGAUGAUAAAGAAAAAAUAAUAAUUGAAAAAUUAGAUUCAAAGGACUCUAAAGACAAAAUAAAGCAGGAAGAAAAUAUGCAAAAUGGUAGUAACAAAACAGAAAUUGCUAAAGAAGAAGUUACGGCUUUAGAAGAAAAAGUGGUUCAAUCGGCGAUCGAAACGAAGCAGAAUAAGAAAAAGGGUAAUAAGUCACAUCCUAGAAUUGAAAAAUAUUCUAAGGACUCUGAUAUAAAAUCAUUGCCUGUAGAAACAAAACAGGGCAAAGUAAAAGAUGAUAAAGAAGACAUUAAGAUUGAAGAACAAAAAUCAACAGAAUCUACGAGCAAACCAAUGCCUGUUGAAAUAAAAUCAGAAGAAAAAGUUAAGGAUCAAAAAGCACAAGUUGAUAAACAAAAGUCAGUUGAAUCUAAAGACAAACAGAUUCCAAUAGACAAAAAAGUAAAAGAUGAAAAGGUAGAAGUAAAAGUUGAAAAACAAAAGUCAGUGGACAAAUCACUGCCUGUAGAAACUAAACAAGACAAAGUAAAAAAUGAAAAACAAAAGUCAGUAGGAUCAGCAACUAAAUCAAUGUCUGUAGAAAUUAAACAAGACAAAGUUAAAGAUGAUAAAUUACAAAUCACAGUUGAAAAACAGUCAGUAGAAUCAACAGACAAACCAAUUCCAGUAGACAAAAAGCUAGAGGAUGAAAAAGGACAAGUAAAAGUUGAAAAACAAAAAUCAGUAGAAGCUGCAGGCAAACCAACGCCUGAAACAAAAGAAAAAGUAAAGGGUACUAAGGCACCAUCUAAAAUUGAAAAGUCAGAUUCUAAGGAUUCUGAUAUAAAAUCAUUGCCUGUAGAAACUACACAGGAAAAAGCAAAAGAUGGUAAAGUUGAAAUUAAAAUUGAUAAACAAAAGUCAAUGGAAUCUAUAGAUAAACCAAUGUCUAUGGAAAUAAAACAAGAAGAAAAAGUAAAAGAUGAUAAAGCACAUAGUAAAGUUGAAAAAUUGGAAACAAAGUCUUCUGAUGAAAAAUUAGUUCCCGUAACACCUGAAUCGAAACAAAAAAAGAAAAAAGGUGAUAAACAGAGUAAAGCUGAUAAAGUAGAACCAAAAAGUCCUGAGGAGAAAUCAGUGAUAGUAUCGCCUGCGAAAACAAAAGAGGAAGACAAGAAAGAUAAUGAACUACAAACUAAAACUGAUAAAAUCGAUCCAAAAGGACUUGAAAAGAAAAUAUUGACUGUAGAAACCAAACAAGAAAAGACACAGGAUACUAAGCCAGAGAAUAAGGCUGAUAAAGUGGAACCAAAAGGUUCUGAAGAUAAAUCAGUGAAAUCACUACCUGUAGAAGCAAAGCCAGAAAUUAAAGACAGUAAACCACAAAUACAAGUCGCUAAAUUAGAGACAAAAGUAUCUGAAGAAAAAACAGAGCCAUUAAUUCAAGAAUCAAAGCCAAAGGACGUUAGUCAACAAAGUAAAGUCGACACAAUUGAAAAACCAGAAACAAAAGUUUCCGAUGAAAAAACUCAAGUGACUGAAUCAUCUAAAAAGUCAAAACAAAAAAAGAAGACAAAGAAUAAUCUUGAAACAGCAGAUGCUACAACAAAAUCUUCAGCUUCUGAAAAAGUAAUGCAAUCACCAGUUAAAGAAAACAUUCCCGAACCAGUUGUUAAACCAGAAUCAAAAGUUUCUGAGGAAACUAAACCAACUGAAAAAUUGCAGCAAUCAGAAACCAAAAAAGAUAUCAAACAAAAACAAAUUAAUAAACCAGAACCAAGUGUUUCUGUUUCGAAAUCUGAGCCAUCACCUAAAGAAAGUAAAGAAAAUGUUCCUGUUAUUCAGACAUCAGAGUCACCGAAAGAUUUUAAGGGAAAACAAACUGAAAAACCAGAGUCAAAUGUUUCUGUUUCGAAAUCCGAACCAUCGCCUAAAGAAAUUAAAGAAAACGUUUCUAUUAAACAGACAUCAGAGUCACCUAAAGAUAUUAAAGAAAAACAUACUGAAAAACCAGAGCCAAGUGUUUCUGUUUCGAAAUCUGAGCCAUUGCCUGAAGAAAUUAAAGAAAAGAUUCCUGUUAAACAGCCACCAGAGUCACCUAAAGAUAUUAAGGGAAAACCUGAGCCAAGUGUUUCUGUUUCGAAAUCUGAGCCAUUGCCUAAAGAAAAUAUUCCUGUUAAACAGACAUCAGAGUCACCUAAAGCUAUUAAGGGAAAACAAACUGAAAAACCAGAGUCAAAUGUUUCUGUUUCAAAAUCUGAGCCAUCGCCUAAAGAAAGUAAAGACAAUAUUCCUGUUAAACAGACAUCAAAGUCACCUAAAGAAAUUAAAGAAAACGCUUCUAUUAAACAGACAUCAGAAUCACCUCAAGAUAUUAAAGGAAAACAAACUGAAAAACCAGAACCAAGUGUUUCUGUUUCAAAAUCUGAACCAUCGCCUAAAGAAACUAAAGAAAAUGUUUCUAUUCAACAGACAUCAGAGUCAUCUAAAAAUAUCAUAGUAAAACCUGAGCCAAGUGUUUCUGUUUUGAAACCUGAGCCAUCCAAAGAAAUAAAAGAAAACAUUCCUGCAAAACAAACCCCAGCGUCACCUAAAAAUAUAAAAGAAGAUUCUUCUGUUAAAAAAGUAUCGGAAUCAUCACCAAAAGUCACAAGACCAAAAGAGACAAAAUUAAAAAAUAAAUCAAAAAAUCAACCUCAAGAGCAAGUGAUAGUCGAGAAAAUAGCUCCAACAUACGUCGUCGAGUCUAAAGAAAUAAAAAAAUCUUCGACUGACGUCAUAUCAAGUGACCGUAAGACAAACGUUGACCCAUUAAAAGAAACUAGGGUACGCGGAGGCGAAACAAAACACUCUAAUGGCCAUGCGGGAUCUAAGACCCAGGAAGUGAAACGCGACACUCGGGUUAAAUCUGAAGAGCAAACUGUGUCAAAAACAGAGAGUACCAUUUCUCAGAUAGAUAAAUCUCAAAGUCAAAGUUUGUCUGAAGAUGUGGGGAAGGCUUUGAUCAUCGAAAAAACUAUUACGACUGUCACGACCACUCGCACAGGAACUGAAGUUCUUCCACCGACGGUUAAAUCUGAAAAAUCUGUUGAAAUAUUGGAAAAUGUUCCUCUACCGAUCAGUACCGGAUCCAAAACACAAGAAAUUAUUUCUCUGUGUCCGGAUAUUGUGGAAGCCAAUUUCACAACAACUUACGCGGUAACAAAUAAUCCGGUAUCUGUUCCCAAAGUUGAAGUGAGCCAACCAAUAGCUCAAUCAGAUGAGAAAGAAGAUGCAAAUGUUGACAAUAAAGAAAAAUCAAUUGGUAGUAUUCUUUUGAAUACUGUAAGCUUGAAUGCUGGCGAUGAUGACGCUCCGUUAUUUGGAAGUGUACAAAAUAGAAAAAGUAUUCGCUCAAAGGCAGACAGUACGUCAUCUUAUGAGUCCAGUCAUCAGCAUGAUGUAAUUAAACCUACUUCUGAAGAAAUACAAAAAGUUGAACGUGAAAUGAAAGAACAAAAGGUUGUACGUGAUGAAAAAUUAAAAACUGGUGAUGAUGACCAAUUAAAAUGCAUCGCAGAUGAUUUCAAGCAUCCUUAUUGGGCCGAUUAUGAUUCUUAUCGUGACGCCGAAAAGAAUUUAUAUCAGAAUUUCAAAGUCGUACGUGUUAUGGAACCUCAGACGCUGAGCUCAUCGAUGCCGAAAUCGAGUAGUUUAGAGAGAAUUGCACAGGAAGCAUUUAUGGAUCCUGCAAGGACAGACGCAGCAAAACAAUCAAAACAAGCGAAAAAUGUUAAAGGAAUUAAAGUUGAAAGUAAAUCACAAGUCACGGAAUUAAGUCAUUUGGAAACUCAAUCAGCGGAAAGUGAAGCCGUGAAAGUUAAAGAAGAGAAAUCUCAGGUUAAGAAAGAAAAUGAAGGAAAAGCUGAAGAAAUUAAAGAUUCAAAUAAAACUUUAGAAGCGACUAAUGUUAUUACUGAUGUGAAAAAGGAAACUGUAAAAGAAGAACCAAAGAUUCAUUUGGUCGCUGAUGAUUCAUGGAUGGAUAUUUUAGAUGAGCCAAUGGUGAUUGAUGAUGAUUUUGAUGAUGAAAUACCUGAUAGCAAAAUUGUUAAAAAAUCUUCUGAUAAAAUACAAGAAUCGGUGAAAAUUAGUAGCCAAGUAACUGAAGUAAUAGAAAAAUCUGUUGAGUUUUCUGAAAGUAAAGAAACUCAACCAUCAACACCAACAUUUACUGAAUCGUCUCGUAAAAAGUCAAAGAAACAGAAGAAAAAAGACAAUGCGCCGAAGCAGAAAGAAAGUGAAACUGAAAAAAUAUCUGGUAAAAAAGACGAAAUUGUGGAAAGAGAAAAUCUGCAUUCGUUGGAAAAUUCUUUUGCUAAAGUUGCCGCAAAGUCUUCAACUCCGUCAUCUGAAACUGCUGAAGAAAUCAACAAGCCUGAAGGUAUAGUCAAACCUGAAGCAAUCAAACAAAAAUUGAUCGGAAAAUCAGUUGGUGAGACUAAAGAAACUUCUCAGGCGAAUAAAAAAUCGAAAGAUAAAGUCAAAGAAUCAGAUGAUAAAAAUAAUUCGAACGCUAAGAAAAAUAUUAGUGCGAUUGAAAAAUCUGCUGAUGUUACUGAGUCCGACUCUUGGGCUGCAAUCGCUGCUAAGAAUGUUGAGGUCCCCGAGACUGUAAAACCUGCUGCAGUAAAGAGUCCGGAAAAAAUAGAACAGCCGAAAUCUCAAGUACAAAUAGUCGUUGAGGAAGUAAUUGCUCCGGAACCCAUUGAAAAUUUGGUCCAAGUUGAUGAUCAAGGAUUCAUGGAGUAUGUAAACCGAAAGGAAUUACGUUCGAGACGAUCUAGGUCUAGGUCCAGGUCGAGAAGUCAGAGACGUGAUGAUAAUGCUCAGGUAGUAGAAGGAUCAUCUGAUGUUGGUAGAAAACUCGCUGAAGGAACUCAAGAACGAACUUCUUUGAUUGAUACUGCGAUGAGUGGUGAAAAAUCAACUGAAAUUGGUAAAGAAGAAAGUAAAAGUAAAGCCGAAGUUGUUCAAAGCGAGCAGACUUCUAAAGGAAAAUCGAAACAGAAGAAAAAGCAAAAGGAAAAAGAAUUGAAGGCAGAGAUUGUUAAAGUUCAGGUUGAUGGAGAUAAAAAGACCGAUGAGAAAUCUGAGGUACAGAAAGUUGAAGAUAAAAAACCUGAGCCACAAGACAAAAAAGGAGAUAAACAAUCUAAGAAAUCUAAAGAUCAAGCGAAAAAAAUGAAAGAAAAGCCUGAGGUUAAAAAAUCAGAAGAGAAAAAAGUUGAAGUAAAAACUCAAGUUUCCGAAACUAAAAAACUUGAAGAGCUCGAAAAAUGUAAAGAUGAAGAACACGCUGGUGAAUCUGAAGAAAAAGUUAAAGUAGAUGUGACUGAAGCUGAGAAACCUGAAAAGUUAGAGCCUAAGGAUCAACUGAAAAAACCAGAGGAAAAAGCACCGAAAGAACAGCCAAAGAAAGCUGAAGUUAAAAAACCUGAAGCACAAACUAAAAAAUCUGGAAAGAAAGAAGCUAAAAAAGCUGAAGAGAAAAAAAUAGAGGAAUCAAUAAAAUCUGAAGAACAAAAACCUAAGGCGAAAGUUAACAAAUCAGCAGACAAGAAACCUGAGCAACUAAAAAAAUCCGAAGAACAAGUUCAAAAAUCUGAAGAUAAACCUGAAGCUCAAUCUAAGAAAUCUGAAGUUAAAAAACCAGAAUCACCCGAAAAAUCUGAAGAAAAACCUAAAGUCGAUGUUAAGAAACCCGAAGAUAAAAAAGAAGCAGUUGCUGAAACUGUAACUCCUCAAGAGAAAAUCGAAGACAACAAAAAAGUAGCUGAGGUUGCAGUAUCUACGAUUACGAAAGAAAAAUCAAAAGAUAAAAAGAAGAACAAAAAGACAGAAAAAACUCCAGCAGAAGUUCCGAAAAAAUCAGAUGAAAAAGUUAAAGAACCUGAAAUUAAUAAGAAAAUAGAAGAGCUUCUACCUCAACCACCUAAAUCAGAGGUCAAAAAACCUGACCUGCCAGAUCUAGCCCAAGAUCAAUCAUUGGCAUCAGAAGACAGCAAAGAUUCCGGGUUUUUCGUAAUAACCAGCGAAUCUCAAGUUCUAACCGAAUCUUGCCACGAAAGUUCUCUUCCUCGAGACAUGGUUGUAGUUCCACCAAUGGAAUCAGCUAAUUUACCAAUAACAGCGGAAGCUGAAACUCGUCCACUAUCUCGUUCACCAUUACCCAAAACAAAAGCAACUUCAAACCUCCUUUCGAAAAAUUCAUCAUCCACUUCUUCUAUAGAACACUCGUCCAUAGAAAUAUGUGAAACUCCCUCAUCAAAAGUACAGUUUUACAUCGAAGAAGACGAUGACAUAGUAGUAAUCAGCCACGCAACAGACGAAGAGACUUGUCCGUCAGCACAGCCUCAAUCUGAGCCCCAUCAUGCAGCUCCAUCUCCAGCAGAAACAUAUAAAUUUAUCAGCUACGACAGUUUCUGGCUUGACAAACGAGCUUACCACGACGCAGAGCGCGAUUUCUUCGCAGAAAGGUCUUCAAAGCUCAAACAAAAGGUCUCGACAAUUAAAAAUUAUUAUGACCCUCGCGAUGACAAUGAUAAAAAUGAUAAUGAUAAAAACGGUAAAGGGCCUAAAGGUCCAUCCUUUGAUGCACACAGCGGUUCAUCAACACCCAAAACAGAACGUCUUAUCGCGGAUUUGCCCGGGGGAAUAUGUAGCUGGAAUGAUUACAGCACAUACUUGUCUCUCGGACAAGAUAAAUCGCGAGUGGAUCCGCGAGAUCAUGUACCUCAGACUCAAACGAGUGAGAAGUUACCGGUUACCCCAAAUUACAAUCCCUCAGUCUAUUCAAAACUCAUUUCUUUACCUUCUCUUGCUUCUUCUUCUUCUUCUUCAACUUCUAUUCAUUCAAUCUCUGACCUAUCAUCCUCGCAAGUCUCUCCUCCAUCCAUACAGCAUUUAGGUACAGAUAAAAGGGGUUCAAAUAAUCAGCUAAGCAGUACUAAUGAUCAGGAUUUACCUGAAACGUCUAUUGCUGUCAAUAAUGAUCCAGUUAACGGGUACAAGGAGAGCUUGGAAAGUAACUUAGAGAACUUGGAAGCGAUUGUCAGUCGGCUUGAAGAGUCACUCAACGAUUUACCGCGUGAUAGUUUGGAGAACAUGCUAUCAGCACUUGCAGUAAUACUUGGAGAUUUACGUAAACACGAUCAACGAUGUAAUGACAUACAAAAACAACUUGGAAAAAUAGAAGCUGUCGAGGGAGAAAAACUUAUUACACCUUUGGAAAAAAUUCGCGGACGAAUAGCAGCGCUCACUGAUCAAGUAGAGCAAGGAAUCGCGGCCCUGGGUAAAGCUCGUGAAGUAAAACAUCAAAGGGAACAACAAGUGUUGCUUUACAAAAAUUUCCUUGAAGAAACGGACACGUGGCUGAGAAAUUUGGUCUUGAUGAUCAGUCAGCAGCAAUCAAUUGAUUCUUACAAAACACUUUUGGACGAACUGGAAGCUCGGAACCAACGAAUGAAUGAACUGGAGACAUUGACAGAAGUUAGUGAACUGGCCCGGUCACUCAAAGCAGCCUUGCUGGAGACUCAUGCACGUCUGAAGCAGAAGCAGCAGGAAAUUGAAGAAGAAGAGUCUGCACAAGCGUCCGAAGAGAUGGCUGAUCAUGAUGACAUAACACUUGACCAAGCGCCCUCGAUACAUUCAGCAGAUGAGGGCACAAUGUCAUGGGCAGACGUGUCCUUACAAACUGGACAAAGUUUAAUGAUAGAUAAUGAAAAUAAACCGAUACAAUUAACUAAACAAACAUCAACAUCACAAAUUACAGAGUUUGAUGUAGAGCCUCUUGAAAUGCAAUCGAUUCCUGUUCAGGUAUCAAUAGACGAGGGGGUUAAAUCGACACAAGAGUCUAUAAAAAUAUACAAAACAGCAGACGAUACUCAUGAAGUUAUUGAAAUAGCUACGAAAAAUAUUCCCAGUUCACAUUCUACCUCACAAUUUAUUCCCCAAGACCAUUCUGCUGAUGACAUUGUCGUUGAUAUGAAGUACCAGGACGCGAAAGCAGAGCAAAGCGCGACUUCAGAGUUAAGUAUUCAGCACGCGGCACCUCAGACAUUUGAAACUGUUCUCACGGAACCGGAUGACGUCACCACUGAAGUUGUUGUUGAUGCUGACGGAACCAAGAGAAUUAUUGUAAGGAAGUUACGAAGGACUUUGGUGACAAGUCAGUCGACGCAACAGCACAUCACCUCGAUGUCAAGUGUGUCUGGAGAUGUCCCAAGUGUCCAAGCGUUUUCGGAAGCUACUAUGCGGAGCCAACAAGUCACUGUCACUCGCACGCGACCUGACGGUAGUGUUGAAAUGGCAGCCAAGCAAACAUACGGCGGUAAAAUAACUACCGGAGGUGCUCCGGGAGAAGUCGUGAGUGUUGAACAGUUUGAAACUACACCUCAGUUUACACACAGAAUUAUCCAAGGAGAGCUCGAGGAUAUCCAGCCAGAAUCCUUGGGAAUCGCUCAAGAUGGGUCCAAUGUUACUAUUGAGGAAGGCGCGUAUCAAACCAAGACCUCGACGGUUCACGCGAUGGUCCAGCAAGUUACUAGGAGAGUUAUACGAAAGACCAGAAGAACUAUUCGUAAAGUUACUAUUAUUGAUGGUAAGGAAACGAUGUCUGAAGAAGUUGUUGAAGAGCCUGAAGAAGUAGAGAUUGAUGAACAAGAUAUUCCGCAUAUAAGUAUCAAUGUCGUGAAACAAGAAGAACAGAAAUCCUUUUCAAAAGAUAACAAAAGUGUGAUACAGGUUUCGAAAGCUACGGAAAUUGAUAGCGACACUCAGGGACCAUUCUUCGGACCCAAAGCUCGUGAAUUAACGCCUGAUAGUAUCGAAAUUAUGGAAGAUAGGCCUAAAAUUGAAGAAAUUAUUGAAACAGAUGAAGAAAAAGUUGUUUUAGACUCAGCAAUAAUUGUGGAUAGUCCUGAAAAACUGGAACAAAUGAAGGUAAAUGAAAUAACGUCAAUAAAAUUAAGUCAAAAUUUCAUUGACGCUGAAAAACGUGAAAUUUUUCAGUCGAACUUUGAAAUACCUGCUGCUGAUGGUGAUGAUAAUGAAGAUAAAAGAUCCGAGGUAGCAGAGUUACCGAUUACUGAUGCGCCAGUAGAUGGUGAACCAGUAACGAACGAGAAUGCCUGUAAGUCUGUUGAUGUACUACCAGCAAUAAUGAAAGAAAGCUUUAAUAUGAAAUUAGAUGCAGGCACGGUAGAAGUAGUACAGCACGCAGACGAUAGCAGCACUGUAGAACCAACUGGUAAAAUGAGUAUUAUUACAUUAGAGUCACGACAACAACAACAACAACAACAAUCAUCAGUACCAUCUGCCGAUCAAACGCCACCCGAGUUAGGGGAAUCACCAGCAGAACUGUUGACACCACGGCCAUCUGACGAUUCAUCAAGACGGUCGAGGAAGUCGGAGGAUAAGAUUGAUGGAGCUGUUUUAAAAGAUUCUAAGGCGGUUAUUGACAAGGUUGAAAUUUCGUUGCUGAUCAAUGAGAGCCAGGAUGAGGCUGGCGCUUUUGUUGCCGUUAAAACAACAGCCGAGCGACCUGAUGAUGUUUACAGAGUUAUUGAAGAAAACGUCGACAUCAGAUUGCCGACCCAAGUUGAAACUGUUGAAAUAAUUCCGGAUAAAAUAAUUCAAACUAGUGGUUUAGAAUCUUUUGAACGGGAGGUGAGUCAAGUCCCAGAGAACGAACCGACGGAAAAAAGCGACGCUGAGACGACAUCUAGUCGCAAGAGCAGAAAAAAGAAGAGACGCAAAGAUGAAGAUACUGGUGGUAAAUCUGUCAGUGAAGAAUCUGGCAGUUCUAUUGCUACGACGAUCGCCGAGUCUGUGGAUUUAAAUCUUCCGAUGUCGGAAUCGCCAAAACAAAUUAGCGAACAACCGCAGCCUGAUGUUUUAGAAAUAACUGAGACUUCAUUGACACUCUCGAGUCCACGGGAAACAUCCGCAGGUUACGAGCCUGAGGGUGGUACCACAGUAGAAGAAGGUUCUAUUGCACUGGAUAGAGAUGAGUUGACCAAAAAGAAAAAGAAGAAGAAGAAGAAACAAAAAAUUAAUUUCGAAGAUGAUAAAAGUGAAGAGAGAGAUACUAGAGCUAGUGGAAUUGAAGUUAGUGAACCAGUUCAAGGAGAUAUUAAAGAGUUUGGAGAGAAAAAGUUUAUAGAAAUCGAUACUCAGACAGUUUAUGAAACACGCGAUGUAUCUGCUAGUCCCGCUGAACUUCAAUCGCUUAGAGAUAGUUCAUUACAGACUUCUCCUGAGCUACAACCACAACUACAACCACAAUUACAACCACAGUUACAAUUACAGACCAAUGUUAGUGUUGGUUUAAUUGAACAAGAAAUACAAACAGAACACGAAACAAUUAAUACUGAAAUUCAAACAUCGCCUACUCAAGUUCUCGAUACUGAAAUUCAGACAUCAGAAAUUAAGUCACCAGAAAAAGAACAUUUGUCUGUACAAACUGAGACACCAGAAGUAUCAAAAGAAGAAGAAGGUGUACAGACAAGUCCUAUUGAAUCUGAAAAAAUGGUUGUAACAUCAGCAGCUCCAGAUGAAGUUAAAGUCAAAGAAACUGAAGAGAUUGAUGUGCAGACGGUAAAAGUUGAGACUUCAGAAGUACAAACUUCACCUAUUGAAUCUGCGAUCACCACGGAAAUUGAUACGCAAACGGAUCAAGUUGAAGUACAGGCAGAAAAAGUAGACACAGAAAUCCCGAGGGUGGCCGAAACUCAAGAUGUUGAGCAACAAACUUCGCCGUCACAAUUGCAAGAAGUUAUUUUAGAAGAAAUGGCAGUACAAACUUCGCCAGAAGUGAGAGAAAUUGAAGCUGUUGAGAUUGAUGUUCAAACUAGCAAACCAGCGAGUCCAGUGGAGCGUGUGCCAGUCGCGACGGGUGACUUCGAAGUGCAGACAAACUUGAUCGAACAAGUAACAGUCGCUGCUAUGGAAACGCAAACUACGCCACAAGAAACCCCGCGUGUUGAAAUCGAAGUGCAGACUACUCCCGAGUUUACUGUCGAGUCAGUCGCACAAACAAGUCCCGAACCUGAACACGAACAUAAACAUGAAGAGGAAACUAGUUUAGAAGAUAAAAUAACUGUCGAAGAAGAAUCACAGACGAUAACUCCGGAUAAAAUAGAAACUUCAGAUACUUUUGUGCAGAUUCAGACUCAAGAAUUGAUUCCGACUGCAGAAGAAGGCAUUCAAAGUAUUCCGGAUGCUGCGGAAAUAAGUCUUCAGACUUUGGAAGCUGCUGGACAAGACACAGAACCUGUUUUAGUAGUUUCUGUCGCACAGCAAACUUCGGUGUCUUCUACAGAAGUUGCGACCAUGCCUGAGACUCAUGUGCCUGUCACUCAAGAAACCGCGACAUCGCCGAUACAAGAAUUAAUAAAAGAAGUAGAAAGACCUGGUCCAUUGGUUGUUGAAGAAAAAAUCACCAAAGCUAGUCCGGGUACGGAUAAGUCUAUGCAGCUGGUGGAAAAUAAAGAAAUGAUUGAAGAAGCGAAAGUAGAAAGAGAGAGAAUUGAAACUCCUGAUAAAGAAUUGACGUCUGAUGGAUCGUCAUUCGAAAUUCAUGUCCAGGCGACUAUUGAUUUAUCUGACAAUACUAUUACGGAACCAACAAUUCAAGAAAGUGAAUCAACUGACAUUACUCACGAUACCACGAUUUCAGAAGACUUUAGCGAGCUCACUGACCCCACAAUCGAUAAAGCUCGUAAACGGCCUAAGAAAAAAAAUAAAAGAAAAGCAGUUAAACCUACUGAUGAAAUUAGUUCGACAAAUGAAAAAGACAUUCAACGAUUUGAAUCAAUCGUUAGUCAAUCAGGAGGAUCAAAAGACGCGGUAAUAAAAUUAUCGUACUCAGAUGUUGCUAGAAAAGGUUCAAAAGAACGUGAAAUCGGAAUUGAUGAUCAAAAUAAUGUGACAGUUGGUAAAAUUUACACAGAUUUAGACAUUAAAAAAGUGGACCAUCAGCAGAGACGAGAUUCUGAUGCUCAGGAAAUAAAAUUAAAAGCCACUUUGGAGGGAGCGCAAUCACGCGAGUCUUUUAAAGUUAAAGAGACACUUGUGGGUACUAGUUCAAAAGGAGAUGAGUUCGCGGUCUCAAUGCAAGUUCAGAAGAGCAUCGCACGGCGUAGAGAUCGCCCGAGUAUUAAAAUAGAGACUCCAGAGCCAAUGGAUACCGACGAAGAAGUUCUUUCACCAAUGGAAUCUGUUCUUGCCGCGAAAAAUAAACUCCCUGAAGUUAAAUCUUAUGCAGAAGCAAUUGCUGAGCCGGGUUUCGGUGCUCCAAGCCCCAGAAGUCCUUCCACGUCACGCAGAUCUCAAAGUGAGCAAUUUAUUGCUGCCGAAAGACAUGAUCAGCGUCCCCAAGUUCUUAAGCGCACGCAGACAGCUAAAAUAGUAAUUGAUCGUCUUAAAAAUCUACAGAAUGUCAACGAAACUUGCUACCUGUCAAAUAUUUUACAUAUCGCGAGUCUAGAGGACUUUUCAAAGCCCAUGAAUGUUGAAGAACGUGUUUUGAAUAUACAGAAAAAUUUAUCACACUUAAAGAAUGCCGUUGAAGAGCAGAAUAUUGUUAUCGUUGAUGAAACUUUGAUCACGAUUGUAGAAAUGAUUUCCACGUGGCUGGAGACUAUUGAGUACCGAGUUUUCGUGAGCAGAGAACCAACUCGAGGACCUUCCCACGAAGAUACUCGGGUGUAUGUCGAGUUGAAGGAUGAAGUUAAUCAUGUGGAAGAUAAUAUUAAAGAGUUAAGAAGAACUUGGAAGCAAGUGGAGUCUGCUUAUCCCACUGAAGACCGUGAGAAGGUCAAUGAGUGCAUGGAUUCAUUGGUUGAUCAGGUCAAAGCUAUUGGAGAUGUUACCAGGGAUGAGGAGAGACAUGUCACUGCUGAGCUUUCCAAGUGGGAUGAAUUUUUGAAGGGAGUUGAAAAUAUAUACAGGUUGGUCCAAGAACAAUUAAGCCAACUGAGCAUGAUAAUAGAAAGCGAGGAAUCAACAGUGAGGAAGUUAGAAGAAUUGGAUAAACUAGAGAAUACAAAUCGUUCUCAUAUGUGUAAUACAAAUAAACUUAUAGCAGCUGUCAGAGAUUUAUUGAAAAGUUAUCCCGGUAGGUCGGUACCAGAUGAGACUUAUCAAGCUCAUGAAUUAACGCUGACUAUCGAGCACAAUAUUAAUGUGGAACGUGAACGUUUGCUUCAACUGAUGUCUCUAGCAGAAGAAUAUGAACAAACAUUGCAGGAAUUCGCCCAGAUAACGGACAUUGCUGAAGAUCUUUUAGCGAGUCCGAUAUCUGUGAUAAGUCUCGAGCAUCUUCAGGAAGAAAUGCAGAAGCACCGGAAGUUCUUUGUUAAUUUGAACCACUGCCGAGCGAUUCUCGAGUCACUGGAAAAUAAUUUGGACAGUGAAACCCGUACAAAACACGCGGAAUUUCAUGAAGAAUUGCACAGUCGCGCGGGUUCUCUGCUGGAUCAAGCGGCGUCGCGAGCGCAGCAGAUGUCAUUGGCUGCUUCGAGGUGGAUGCUGCUUGAGCAGGGAUUCAAAGAAGAACGCGGAUGGCUUCAGAUCGCCCAUCAACGAAUUCCUGAUUUACAAACGGUCACUUCAUCGGAUUACGAUCAAUAUAUUUCGUUAUAUCAAUCGUUGUCUUCGGACAUUGCAAUGCAUCAAGCGCGGCUGGUCCAAUUGUUUGAUCUGGUUCACAGUCUUCAGGAACUCCUGGACAUUGAGGACCUUGAGGAACGUUAUCGUGAAUCACUGGAUGUUAUUAGUCAGCUUCAGGAGAAUGUAGACUCGUCACUGAGAUGUUUAUUAACAUUCCGCGAUAGCUGGGGAACUCACGAAGUGCUGACUAACCGGCUCGAAAACUGGAUGGCGACAGCGGAAAGAGAACUCGAUGCUCUGAAUAAUAAUUGGGACGGCCAUAUGCGUCAAUUCUGGGAAAUAAAAGCACAAUAUGAAGUCCAUAAUAACUUGAGAAAUGAAGCGACCAAUUGCUUCGAACAAGGAUUGCGCGUGAUCCCACUAUCAGACGAGAUGAUACAGCGUCAAUUCCACGGAGAAUUCCAAGACCGGUGGCACCGAGUGUCGACAAAAAUAAAAACAAUCCAAAAAGCUGUCGCCGAUACAAUUUCCUCGGAAGACACGCCAAUAAACGAGAAACUAAGACUCCUAGAACGGGAACUAAGCGAAUUGCGCACAACAGUUGAAGGAUUCCACGGCGUACUAAAAACUGAGGACGAGCUAGUGCUCUACGUGGGUCGUCUCUCAGUGCUCUUUGAACGCGUCUGCAUAAUCCAAGACGAGCUAGUAAAACUAGGAAUGCUUCCUGCCGCAGAAAGCGAGCAGGUGAACGUUCUGCUGUCCUUCGCCGGGCGCAUGGAAAGUCAAGUACGAGAAGAAUUAGAUGCCGCGCAACUGGUACAAGAACGUCUGCAAGCUCUCCAACGCGGUUUGACUCGCGUCCGCAAAGCCCACGCCCGACAAUCAUUGAUUCUAGACCAAUGCGAAGCUUGCGAGAAGCACGGCAGCGACGUCGUCGAAGGUGGUGUCAAACGAUGCUCCCAAGUCGCCGACGAGUUGGCGAUUCUAUGGAAAGACCUGAUGGGCCUCAGACAAUUAUUGCACACAGUCCCCGGCGGCAUGAGAGUCUCCGUCUCCCCAGUCAGCAUCGAACGAGAUAUUUCCACCCUCCAGGACACCAACACUGACCUGGAGUCGCGUUGCACACGUCUGCUGUCACUUCUAAAGAGCAGACUGAGUCUCUGGAGACGUUUUGAACGUCAGUUAGAAAUGGUUCAACAAUCAGUACAAGAAGCUGACCACAUGAUGAAGAUCCUCGCUAUCCAGGGGUCAGUCGACUACGAGCGACUUCUCAAGGCUACCGAACAUCUCGAAGGAUUAAAUGGUGAUUUGGGAACACGUGAGGCCUGGAUAGGCGAAUUACGCAAAGCAGCGGAGCCUCUUCUAGAAGUCUGCACCGAAGAAGUAAGCGAGCGCGUUAACGCGGCGGUAAAUGAAGCAGUUCAAGCUUGGGAAGACACAAGAUCGGAAUUAGAUGCUCUCUGUACAAAAUAUCAACACGCAGUAAGACUGUGGGAGCAAUACAGAGACUCAAGUGCUGCUGUAAAAGCUUGGGUAGACACCCAAAUGGGCAGCAUUACUAAUCUACCUCCCGAAGAAGCUUUGAAACAAGUCAAGGUUUGCGAAGAAACUUUAGCGGAACACAAAGAACGUCUGGCGGAAUUACGUGGUCUGGUAGCACAAAUUGCAUCAGACGUAGGACUAGACAGCAAUGGACCUCUACACUGCGAAGUCGAGGCACUGGGACGCCGGCUUGAGGAUGUCCGCGAGACGCUGUCAACACUCGCGGAUACUGCGGACGCACGUGCGCUCAAUCAAGAGCUGACACGUGGGGACUUGUGUCAAACUAAAAAUUUCUUAGAUUCUGUACAGCAGAGUCUUAUAACAGUGGGUCAAGGCGAGUCUAAAGAACAAUUGAAUCUUCUACGGAAUCAUUUGCUAGCAUUGACACGUACCGAGCCACAAUUACAGUCAAUAAAAGACCGCGCACUUGAGGUAACAACUACGGAGACUUCGGUUGUUGAUGUACUGCAGUUAUGGCAGCGAGUUUUCCGCGAAACCUUCCAACAGUAUCACAGAUUGUCUGCUAGACUAGUCAGAUCAGAAGAUGUCGCAGCAGCGUUACGCCUGUGGCAAGAAUACUUAUCACAUGUCCAAGAGUUUCUGUCCAAUGACAUGCCGGGUGACUACAAUGGGCUGUCAGAGCACAGAAACUUGUGCGAAGUCCACAAAAAUCUGCUGACUGAUCAGCAGCACCUGAUACUCUCAAUACGGGCUGAGAAGGGACGUGAUUUGUCAGUGGCUGAGCAGUUUAAUAUACUGACAAAUCUUCACAAUGAAACGUUGUCCAAGAUUAUGGACAGACAUGCAUCUGUCCGUGAUCGUUUGACUGCUUGGGACAAGUACAAGAUGGAUAUGAGCAAAUUGUUAUCAUGGCUGAAGGAUAUUGAGCGUGAGAAAAGUCGAUUGCAGUUGAGAUUCAUUCAUGUAAGAAGACUAGAUAAAAUAAUAUCUAAAAUAGAAUCGUUGCUUGAAAAACUACCGAUUGGAGAAACGCAAAUAAAUUCACUGUCUGUACAGCAGGAGUCGUUGUUAGUCGAAUGCGAAGAAGCGCUGGCUGUUUCAAUUCGCAUGGAACACGCGGCAAAUACUCAAAGAAUAACAAAUUUACGGGCUAGUUUGGAAACUUGGCGUGAUUUUGUAUUGAGGAUACGUAAAUUAAAUGAACAACAUGUUGAACAGACUGCUGUUGUUAGCAAAACCUUCCAAGAAAUAAGUAAAACAAUAAGCGCUGCGUUCCAUAAUACGUCGAGUAAUCUCCAGUAUGUUAAACAACAAUUGGAUUCGUUGAAUCAGUUGAGGGCGAAGCUUAACGACGCACCUAGUCAGUUAGAAGCCCUUGGAGUUACCACUGAGCAGCUUCGCGAGUGUCUUUCCCCUUCGGACAUGAAGAGUUUGAACCAACAUAACUCAUUGCUUUGGCAGCAACAUGGAGAUCUCGAACACCAGCUCGCAUUGUUGGUUUACAAACUUGGAGAGCGGUUGAGUUUAAGAGGCAAGUGGGACAAAAGGUUGACGCGUUUCUUUGUCUGGGUUACUGAUGCAGAGACACGGAUCAAUAGCUGUGACGCGACCACUCUAGAAGAGCCUGAAGAAGCUUUGAAACGACUGGAAGGCGAACUACAUGCUGAGAUGGCUCUCAAACAACGAGAGCUAGAGUGGCUGCAUUCAACGGGCCAGGACUUGAUUGAUGUCGCGGAUGCUGAGGAUAAAGUGCUGAUUAAAAAGUCCCUGGAUGACAUCGAUGAGAGGUGGGCGCGACUUAUGAAUGCCGGCAAAGCUAGAACAACAAAGCUGCUGGAUUUGAUGCAGACGAUGAACUUGCUGGAGAAAAGUAUCGCGGAAAUCCGCGGAUGGCUGGGUAAAGUUGAGCUCCAACUCACGGAGGCAUUUAUUAUUGAAUCGAAGGCCCAGAGUACAAUUGAUAAGAAAUUGGAGGAUCAUGAGAUGCUUCAGAAAACUAUUGAAGCCGAGAGCGGUAAAAUUGGAGAAGUACUUAAUCUUUGUGAAAUAUUAUUGAACGACUGCGAUGCUUGGAAGGCCUCAUUCAAUACUGAUCCAAUAAAAACUGGUAUGAAGGGUCUAGAGAAACGAUGGAAGUCAACGUGUGUAAGAUCCGCUGAUCGUAAACGUAAAAUAAUGAUGGCCUGGAAAUUAGUCCAGGAGUUGGAUAAAGUUAAGCAAGAGCAAGAGCAGUGGAUUGCGGAUACUGAAACGGAAUUGUUGGCAUUGGAAGGAGGCUUAGAUAAGACGAGUAAAGAAGACAGUGAGCAAAUGCUAACAAAGACCAGAAGGAUUUUAAAAGAUUUAGAUGCGCAUAAACCCGCGCUGAUGAUUCUCGAGCAAAGUUAUAGUAGGCUCGCUAAAAGUGGAUUGGAACCUGAGAACUUAAAAACACUUACGUCUGAUGUGCGGUUACUUUUAGAUCGAUGGCAAGCACUCAAACCGCGAGCCGAAUCAAUCAUUUCGGCUCUAAAACGCGAACAGAAAGCUUAUCGUGAAUUUAUAACAGCCCACGGUUCCGCGGUUGUUGGACUUACUCAGGUUGACGUUAAAUUAACUCAAGUGCAGCAUUUAGAGCAAAAAGUAUCAACGAGACGCAGACAACAGCAAAUAAUGGAGAUCGAGAAAGAAUUAGCUGUACAAAGCAGGACACUGCAACGCGCCGAUGAACUGGCGUUAAUUGUAAUGCAGGAUUGCGCGGCGACUGACGUUCCGGCUGUCCAAGAACUCGUCGAUGAGUACCAGCUGCUUUGGCAGGACAUAAAAAGCCGAGUGGCUGCACUAAAAAUUAAGUUUGAAGAAUCAAAUGAUAAAAUGGAAGUUGAUGAAGCGGUUCAAGUGGAAACUUUGAAGUUUGAGCAGGACAGCGCCGUUCAAGUGGACACGCUACCGCGAUUGACAAGAAUGACUUCAUGUGAUGCUUAUUUGAUUGAAUUGCAAUCGGCUCUGAGUGAAUGUCGCAAUGCGCUCGAGGAACUGGAGGAUGCUGUCACGCCUGAACCAGUUCCUGGACCUGGACUUGCUUCAGCAGCUAAAAAUAUCGCAAAACUAAUCGGAAGUUGUCAAUCAGCCAUUGAAUUGGCUAAGCAUCUACAUGGUCUACUGACUCAGGAUGGUAAAUUAAAUGAUGAGGUAGCAAAAACUGUCCAAGUUAAUGAGCUAGCUGGCCGUUAUGAAAGUAUACUUGUGCGUGCGCGAGCUCGCGAGCAACAAAUACGCGAAAUAAGGUCGCCUCUCGUCAACGCUUACUCUCUUCCAUGUGAACAUGAUCAAGGCAGACUGACGUGUCCGCUGUGCUCGCGACGUAACUGGGCGCAACUGGACAUAGACCUCUGGCGCCUGGAGAAAUGGUUAGAGUACGCGGAAGGUAUACAAAGUGAGCAACAUUCCCCGCCGAGUAACAUCGAGGACCUGGAAGACAUUAUUCAAGAUCACCGGGAAUUUCUCUUGGACCUCGACAGCCACAAGAGCAUCGUUAUCAGUUUGAAUAUCGUCGGCUCGCACCUCGCGGACCACACGGAAGAUAUUGAGCGCGCUCAGGAGCUACGCGACCGACUGGGAACCGCUAACUCGCGAUGGGACCGAGUCUGUUCUACCGCAAGAACUUGGCAGUCUGCUUUGCAGUCUGCGCUCAUGGGCAACCAGCAGUUUCAUCGUAUAGUCGAAGAACUACUCAGCUGGCUAGAGAGAACUGAAAACUCUAUACAAGCUAACGAGCCCAUUGACUUAGCAGACAAUGUCGAUGUCAUUAAAUCAAAGUACAAUAAAUUCAGGGAAUUGAGGAGUGAUUUAGAACGUUGUGAACCGCGAGUGGUAUCACUCGAAGAGUCAGCGCAUCAUUUAUUAGAUGAAAGUAUGGAAAUACGCGGUCGUUUGCACGAACUGAAGCUUAGAUUACAAUCGUUACGACGAUUAACAGGAAUAUAUGCUCUAAAACUCGGCGCAGCUCUUGGAUUAGACCCUAAAGAAGUUGGACUUGCUGCCACUUCAUCAUCACUUGCCUCACUCUCUAACGAUCUGCUCGACGGAGCUUCAUCGACAACCAGCCUACACGGUCAAUCAUCCAGUACUGAUGGUGACGAAAGAGAUCGAACGGUAUUAGUGCGUGGAUACCGUUUCAUAGGUCGUGUAUUAAGAGCUUCCUUACCAAUUCAAGCAUUGAUGUUAUUAUUACUCGGUGUUGCUUCUCUGGUGCCUACAGCCGAGGAUGACUACAGCUGUAUGCUCUCAAACAACAUUGCCAGGACAUUUACUCCAGUUGUUGAAUACCCCAAUGGUCCUCCACCUCUGUAAUUAAAUUAUUAAUUAUUUAUAAUAUAAUUAAUGAUUUAUUAUUUAAAAUUUAAAAUUUUAAAUUAAAUCGUCGCCUUAAUAAAAUUCCUAUAAAAUUUAAAUUUAAAUUUAAAUAUAAUAAAUAUUAAGUGCGGGAUAAAUAUUUUGUACAUAAUUAUAUAGAAUUAAUUGUUUACUUUAUAAAACUCCUUAUUAUCAAGGAGACCAGACUCAAAACUUAUGUAUUUAAUUUAUUACUUAAAUGUAUAUUUGUGAUUGUUCAGAUUUUAUUUCAAUUAUCAAUGAUUUAUUAAAAAGUAAACAAUCAAAAAAAAAAUAUAUGUUAUUUUAUGUUUUUAUUAAUAUAUCGAUGGUGCUAUUAUACGAAAAAUUACUGCAUAA